AGGAUAGGAUUUGGAAUUGCUAAGCAGCUUGUUCGAGAUGGUGCCAAAGUCAUGAUUAGCAGUCGGAAACAAGACAGGGUUUCUAGUGCUGUUUCAGAGUUGGAAAAUGAGGAGCGAGGUUGUGAAGUUAAAGGUGUGGUGUGCCACGUCGCAAAGCCUCAGCAUCGUAAGAAUCUCAUUGAAGAGGUCAGUAUGUUUCGCAAAUCCACUAAUGUCACAGUGAAACUGCUUAUUAUAGUAGUGUCCCAUGCAGCUGUUCUUUCAUGGUCUGAAAUUUGUUGUGGUCCAGUUAUCAGAAAUGAACAAAUUUUAACAGUGAUGACCAAAUCACGGACUGGUUGCCUACAUAAUUCAAGCUGCAGUCUAGGGGCCAAUACUCGUACAUGUAACAGAACUUUAUUUAUUCCGGGUGCUUGAACAUUCAACUUGGCUGACUACAAGAAUAAAUAGUAAUGGCGGUAAUAGGCAGUGGCCGCUGACCAACACUGUCAACCUCUUUGAAUACAUGAACAGUUGUGAAAAGGCACCAUUAGGUUGUAGGUCGAGAUUUAAUUCUGCAUGAGAAAUGGUACAGUGUUAAAAACAGUCCAAUUGGUUGAAAGAUUCAGAAAUAAAAGCUGGACAUUCAAAGGCUCGGGUCAUUGCAAACAAGAAAACUCAGUCAGAGACAGAAGCUUUGGAACCACAACACAACUUAAUACAGCUUCAAAAAUUUAAGUCAAGGUGGUUAACAGCUGACCAUGGCUUUUAUCGUUAGGGACUAGAUUUCUCUUUGGACGCCUAGAUCUGAAAAGGUGGUUGCCCAGUGGUUGUCAAAAAUUAAUUUUGGACCCUGUCUUUUGUCUAAAUGUGAGAAGAUGAUUGUCCUAUGCCUAAGAAAAAUUAAUUUCGGGCACUGUCUUUUUCUCGUUAUGCAAAGCAUGAAGAGACAGGUAUUGGCAUGGGAGACUAUAUGGUAGACUUUUGUAUGUUAUGCUUUUGUUUCGCCACUUAAGAGCGGAUGUCAGUAAAUAUAGACCAGAGGUCUACAAAAGUGAAAAAUCGAAAAUUCUCAAAAAAAAUCACAAAGUAGCACUAGGUAAGCUAUUAACAUAAAUGUAAUUUUUACUUCGAUCCGAUAAUUAUUUUCCACGUACGCGGGGGCCAUUGGUUUCGCGGCUCUCGGACCGGGUUUUUUUUUCAGGCCCGAGAUCAUGUGUCGCAAAAAAAUCGUUUUAAAAUUCAAAUCCAUUGUAAUGUGGACAACAAAUAACUUAUUCAGAAGAGUACUUAAUUGCACACAUUCUAGAUGGUGAUUUACUCAGUUUGAAAGAAAGUGUAAUAUUUUGGAGAUUUUUCAUUAUUUUCAAUAUUUUGAACGUUUUCGUUCAAUGAAAAAAUAGCAAAUUUCAAAGCCCAAAAUCGUCGACUGGUACCUCGAUUUCAGUAACGAAUCUUAUACCACGUUAAAGAGCGUUAUCUCUUCUUUCAAAAUCUGUUUUCAAAACUACGGGCAACUUAAAAGAAAAUGUUUGAGGCCAAAAAAUACAAGUGGUACUUUUCUGAAAUUUGAGCUUUCCAGACGCGGCGGGCCGAUGCUAAAAACUUGGAAAAAUACAAUAAGAAAUCAGUUUGAGCAAUAGUGGUUUCAUGUUAUCAGCUUUCAGAAACCAAGACGUGUUUAUACAGCGAUCUGAUAUAAAUUUAAUAAUGCCGUUUGCUAUCAAGAAAGGCAGAUUUAAGCUGUCAACUCCUGCCAAGUGCACCAGUCACGUGAAGUUGUCAAAGGGAGGGCAAAGCACUAAUAUUAAAAAGUCUUAAAAUUCAAAACGUUUUACGUCCAUGAAAUCAGAUUUUAGCGUACCAAACAAUGUUGUGAAUGUCUGUUGUUCGUACCUUAGCAUGGUGUUUCCAUAUAUUGGAAAUGUGAAGUAUCCACACGGGAGAACAUACCAAACAACAACGUUUCAAAUCCAAGCGCCGAAAGAUCGUAAACUGCAAAGAUUGCGUUACAUUUCACAGAACGACCGCUUAGCACUGUUGUCACUCCUUUUAUUCGCUGGAAGCUACGAGGAGUUUUCAUUCCGUCAUGAGUGAUUCUUGAUCAGCGUUUCCUUGAAAGUACGACCCCGGACAGGUGAUAACUGAGGACGUUUCGUCAAGACUCCUGUUGUUCAGUUUCAGGCUUUAGCAGGUGCGUAGUCAGGAUUUUUUCGGAGGUACGCCCAACUUUUUCUACAUCUUCUUCCCCCCCCUCCCCCCCACCCCACCCCAAAUCUAAACAUUUUUUUAAGGUGCCUUUAUUAAAGGUGGGGUUAACGGUUGUAAGCAAAAGCAUUUUUGCUGUUUAUGAAAUGACACAACCGCUAAUAUUCUUUAAUUCUGUCGGCUUGUUAUGUUCAUUGACGUCAACCGUUUAUUAUUAAUUCAGCUAUUAAAAAUCAAGCUUGUAGUACCUCCGACUUUAGUUUACAAAUGACUCUUUUUACCCCUUUUUGUCACAUUAUUUUUGACCGACAAAAGCACCACACAUUGACUUAAUUGUGUCCUACCUCGUCUACUCCGAAGACAGGUCGUGGAGAAAACAACUUCACGCUUUACAUCAUCAAGCUUGCUAUAUAAAUAAAUCAUCCAAGAUUCGGUUCUCCAAUUAAUGUCGUCGCUUCUCCGGAAACCGAUUUUUUUUAGUUAUGUUUAUUUCAUUCUAUUUUUUUCCUCAACGUUUUCGGGUACGCACGUGCAAACCGUGCGUACAAGUAGCUACGCCCCUGUUUAGUCUCCUUAGCCCUGGGCGUUCCUCUCUUGCGGUUUUCGCGGGAGUUGUGGUCCACCCAGUAUUUCACGUCUCUUUUAAAAGAGAGGCAGCACUUCUUGUUUACCGUUUCGUUAUCAGACAGCGCUUAGGCUCUUAGCCUUUCAUUUAAUUUUGAUCAAAUUUUUAUCAUUUAGUUACUCAGUAUACAUUCGAUCCUGUCCUUGUAAACUUAUACUUUUAUACUUUAAGGGAGCUUAAUUCCUAUAUUAAUUUUUUCUUCGUUUAGUGUCGUCCAAAAGACCCAGUUUUUUGGCAAAUUUUAAAAAAGCAAGAAAAAGAAACGACAAGGUUUAUCUUUUUUGGAUUUAGAUUAAUUCUUUUAAUCUAAAAAAUUAGCAUUAUAACAUCAUUUCGAGGCAUAAAACGUUCGGUGGUGUAUCCUCUUUGCUUUUUACCCUUUUUGGGCCUUUUUUUAUGAAAUUGACCAUCAAAUUUUCCGCCAUAUUGAGUUUGUGUCGAUUUGGUGACCAUGUCUUGUUGUUUUCAGUCUCCGCGGCAAUGAUGCUGGUGUUUCAGGCCUCCCGUUCUCAGAUUUCUUGUGAUUUUUUUUUUUCACCCCACCGACCGACCCACCGAAAACCAGGAAACCUAUUCGACGCUAAACGAACGAAAAGGGGAUGACCUAAGCCUUAUGGUUUCUUUUUGGGCUUCCUCUCCACAUUGCUUCUGCGUGUUUCUGUAUACUUGUCUUUUGCUUUGUUUUGUUCUCUUUGGUCGGUAAAAUAAACUGAAACUGUACAAAGACCCUCAAUAUUCCCUUUGGAGGUUCUCGAACGCGCAUAAAAAAAAUGAAAAACGCGAUGAUUUAUUGACCGCAAAGGCAAUGGGGUGGGGUUAGGGCUCGUCACUGCGAUACGGUUCACUCGUACGCUGUCAAAUGGUCCCGAAAUACAAAAUGAAAAAUGACUGUGGACAGACUAUUCACGUCUAGACAUCAAGCAUCUUUUAAGAUGGGACUUAUCGCCUCUCCCUGUUCAUGGAGUUGAUUCAAGCUGUUGACGUUAAUUUCGUGAUGCCUUGCAUGUUGCCAGGACAUGUUUCAAAAGGGCCUUUCCAAAGGUACGGAGUCCGCCGUCACCUUGUCAACCGUGCGAGAAAUGAUGUACUUCACAAAAACAAAGAGAAGUUAUUUUCGAUUUGCCCCGCCCCCUACCCCCGAAAGUCCCCGACAGGACCGCUUCAAAGUACUCCCCAUGUGGUUACGCGGGGGAUAGUAACAGGUCUACCUAAUUGCACCGUGCAUCAAUGACAGUUUAGCUCAAUCAGAAGCCCCCUUUCCCUGGCUAGUUCAAGGUGUGUGCACCUCCUUUAAGCUGUUGUUUUCGGUUCUUACUGAAAUUUUUGAUCUUGAGGAAAUUCACAACGACAGGAGCAGGUUAUGGGCUUUUUUCCUAGCCCUAAUCCUACAUCACGGGAAAUCCCUCAGGUUAGGCAAGAAUUCGAUAAUCCUUCCAUAAUCAUCCAUUUUUUGACCGCGUGAAUUGAGUAUUUUUAGCUUAUUUCGAGGAAAUACUUUUUGCUUCAAAUCCCGGGUGGGCUUUUAAACACAUUUUUUAAGCCAAAUGGUUUUUGCGAGAAUCUGCUUACCCGAACUUUUCGCAUAAAAAACGACAAAUACCCGAAAAAAGCUCAUGUUGUUGGUGGUGGUGGCAUAUUUCCGAUAAAUUCAGCUCAAUGUCUCGUGAAGAAGAGUUCAGAUCCGUGCCGCGCGCCUCUCGAAGCAAGCGUUCCGUCGAAAUGCGAGCCAAAAACAGGUGGUAAGCGGUCAAUCUGUGAAAAGUAACGCAAUCUCCGUCGUUUGAGAGCAGCCGAAGAUGCUCUUGCCGAUGCGGUCCUUGAUGUUUUUUAUUUCCAGUAUAGAGGAAACCCAUGCUAAUGUAUGAAACAUACACUCGUAGGUAUUGUUCUGUCCGCUAAAGUCUAAUUCCUGGACGCAGAAACGUUUUGCUUUUUGAAGUUUAUUAUUGUGCUUUGCCGUUUGACAACCUUACGUCACUCGUGCGUUUGGUAGCAGAAGAUUGCUAUAAAACUCUGCUUUUCUUGUUGGAGGGGGGUGAAUAGGGGUAUGCAAAUCCGCCGAUCCGUGGUAUUUUUAGGCCCGAUCCGUCGAUCCGACUUAAUUUUUGUUCAAAUCUGAAUCCGUGUUACUUUAAAAAGUUUUCGUGCCAUAUAGAAAGUAGCGUUGCAGCAUGAAAAAAUGAAUUACUUGAUAUAGCUGUUCUGUAAUCGCAACAGAUGCGGGACUUCAUCUUUAAAAAGUUUUCGUUACAUCUUCAAAACAUUAAGCAUUAGGGACAGAGCUUAUAAUGUUUCUUCCAACAAUACAGAUUUGACUAACCAAAUAGUCUGCAAGCUUGCAAAAUGAAAGUAUCUGGUAUUGCGUAAAAGAUUUUUUAUUACUGACAUCACUUUGGACAUGCUUCUAGUCGAGCCGCAAAAUUCGGAAGAGGCAGAACUCAACUUCAUGGUAAUUUGCUUACCAGUAAGUAUUUUCCAUGGUUCAUCUUUUGCCAUGUUUGCCCUCAACCAAGAUGGCGAGAGAAACCGUGAAAAGGUCUAUUAAGUUAACGAUCAAGACAAGCAAACUAGCUGAAACAGCUUCGAAGAACAUAAUUUACAUCAGUUCAUGUAUAAACCAAAUAUAAAGCUUACCGAACGUGCUCGCCUAGCUUCACCACACUUCCCCACUGACUGGAAUCGACGCAGCAUCGAAACUUAUUUUUUUGAAUAAAGUGAUCGCCUUUGGCACCUUCGUGGUAGAAAAAGGCUGCACACUCGAUAGUUCUAGUUUCCAUUUUGCAAUUUAAACCGGAAUUUACACGAACGCAUUCACAGAUCUUGUCAGGUCACUUAGCAUUACCGCCAUUACCUGAACCAUGUGUCACCAUGCAGGAACCAUGCACAAGGUUGCCUGACGUCAUUUCCAUUAGUCGGGUAACGAGAAAGUCUCUUCCGGAAACCUCGGAAGUGAAACGUUAGCCGACAAAACACCAGCACAUUGACCAAGGCCGACAGAAAAUUGAUGAUCCGAUCCACGAUCCGAACUUCUAGACUGACAGAAUCCGGAAACCGGGCCAAAACUUUCAGCUGAUCCGCGAUCCACGGUAUUUUUCAAAUCCGCGAAUCCGCUCGAUUUAUCGCCGAAAUCCACAAUCCGUGAGCUUUUUAAGGCCAAAUCCGCCGAUCCGCGGACCUAUUCACCCCCCUCUUGUUGGAAAACGGCUUUAAAUUUUAUCAGAUCGCUCGAUAAACACGUGUUGGUUUCUGAUAGCUGAUAACGUUUAAUCACUGUUGCUCAAACAGAUUUCUUAUUGCAUUUUUCUGAGUUUUUAGCAUCGACCCGCUGAGUCUGGAAAGCUCAAAUUUCAGAAAAGUACUACUAGUAUUUUUUGGCCUCAAACAUUUUCUUUUAAAGUGCUACUACGACGAAAAUUUUUGUUUUUGUUUCCGAGUUUUUUUAACAUAAAUCUUUUGUAUAUGUUCAAAAUUAUACAAAUAGCGAAAAAUUGGAACGAUACUUGCGUACGGGGGCUGGAAAUUUCUGUUUGUUCUUGAAGAGUGUCAUGUAUGCCAUUGGGGCCAAGAAGGACCUACAGUAGUUGCGUGAAUACUUGUCCGUAAACACUUAAUUUUAUGGGCCAAACUUCAGAAUUCUCAGCCACUUACUCGCUUUUUGUUGAAUGACAAACUUGCCCACUGUGUGAAGCCCUGUUCUUCUAGCGUUCAGUUAAACUCAAGUUUAGUGGCUGGGAAUUCUGAUGUUGCUCCAAUUUUCAUGUACACAAGUAAUAAAAAUUAAAUCGAAUUCAGCCUGAAUUUAAUUACAGUUUUAAUGUAUCGUUUCUUUCUUUUCACUCGGCUCACAGAGCACUGCAAAACUUAACAGCAGGUUACCUGCUGGAAACUUUCCUAGCAGGUCUGGUUGACUCUUCCAGACUUUUGUCUGGCUACAGUUUCUGCAGAAACUUUCUACGCUAAACAAGGUACCUGUCUGUGAUACAGAAAGUUUGGGUUUUGAAAAGAAGCACGAGUGACAGAACUGAAACAAAAGAAGAAGUUUGAAAAGGAAAACAAUUCCCUUCGAUUCCUCUCGAAUGUUUUUUCCUUGUAGAUCCAACCUGUAAAAAAUGAUUGAAAGGAAAUACUCAUUUAAUCAUAGCAUCUGAAAUAAUAAAAUAACAAUAAAAAAAAUGAUUAUCAUUUUUAUUGUUUUUCUCAGGGUGUUGCCAGUUUUUCAACUUGUUGUAAACCUGGCUAAUCGUGGGUUGGGAUUUUUUCUCACAUACAUCCUGAAAAAUGCUUUUUUAAAAUAAUUCUGUUGAUUGCACACAUGACAACUUUGAGCCCUUAAGCUAUCUAGCCCACCCCAACGAUGCAUAAUUUAUUACAAGUGGUUGAGUGGACAAACCAAACAUUUUUAGGCCUGGGACUUCCAGUCUAUGGGCUGGCUAUGCCUCUUCUUUUUUUUUUUUUUUUUUUGCAAUUCUUAUCUGAGUAAAUUAAAAAACAAAUUUCAUGUACUCUUGUUUCUAAAUAGAUCCUCUCAUAAUGAAAGUUAGUUUUAGGCCUAAAUCACUUCCCAGAGGAUAGUUAGAGCUAAGAUGUUAAAAUGCAAUAAAUUUUGCAUCUUUGUACCUUGGGUUCUGAUGAGUCUUCACCGAGUCAUCAUCUUCCUUUAGUUUUUUAUAUGCAUCUUCGAUUUCUUCAGGACUCCAUGUAGGGUCUUCAUCACACUCAAACUCCUCAUAUGCGUCGUCCUGCAUUUCCUGCUCAUCUUCUGAUUCAUCCUCUAGCCCUAACUCUGUCUCAUUUGUUACUGGCCAUGGAUCAGUUUGAAUAGCUUAAACAAAUGGAAUUAAAAAAAUUCUAUUACCAUUAAAAUUUUAAUUAUUAUUAAAAUAAUAAUCAAAUAUUGAUAAAAUGUAAUAAAAAUAUAAAGAUAGGCAGUUAUGCCUAUAUGACUCAUCAACAUCAAUAAUUAUUGUUGACUCACCAGCAUUCACCAUCAGCAACUGCUUCGGCUCUUGUAUGCUCUUAAAGGUUUCAACCCACUGAUCUUGAUUGGAAAUUAACUUACUCUUCAGUCUUGUGACUUUGCCCCUUAACUGAGUCACCUCACUCCCCAGGGUUUUGCAUGUUGUGCAGUUCCCAGUGCAUGUCCAGUUGGAGUAUCCUACAAAAAACAAACUUUCAACAUUAAUACAGGCUGUAAUAACAAGACUUCAGAAUUUUUGUGUUUUAGUAUUGUUGUAAAAUAACUGCACAUGUAGUUUUCCAUUGUUAUGAUAAUACAAAGAUGCAAAUAAGCAUUAAUUAGAGUUAUGUGCCUACCGUAGAAACCUGUUCAAGUUCAGGAAUCGUUAAUGAUUCAUCAAUCUGCAUAACUUCAUCCAUAUCCUGCAGUUUUUCGAUUCCCUGAGCCUCCAGGAUCUGCAUCGUACCUAGGACCUCUGAAGCCAUCUCAGCAUCAACACUUAUCUCACGCGUCUCAGUCUCAGGGAUGCAGCCCCCCUUUUCAGGAUUUACCUCAAGCAAAGAACCCUGACUUGUGUUCAGAACACCCUCGACUUCUGGAGACUCCUCAGGGCUGAGAUUGGGAGCCCCCAUAGUGUCAGCACUCUCCUCAGGUGCAGAACUUCCUUUCAAAGAGAUCACCUCUUCUUCCUCUGCAUCCUUAUUAGUAGUUUGACCAGCCAGAAUUUCAUUUAGUAGCUAAAAAUGAAAAUAGGUACGACCAUUUUUUAUAUCUCCCCUUCAAAACAAGUUUAAAUUUGAGCUUUAUGUCGAUGUUUUUAAAAGUAGAAAUGGAAGCAAGGUUUAACCGCAUCUUUGCCUUAAAAUGUAUGCUUCAUUUGCAGACAGUGAAAAUAGAAUUAAAAUACAAACGAAAAAAAAACCCGCAAACAGUAACUGAACUUAUAGAAUGUAGAAAGCAGACUAAGUCCAUUUUGGAGGGAAGUUUGGAGUACUGUCAAAUCUCAAAGUAACAGCAAGAUAAUCUCUCAAAAAAUGGAGAGCCGGAUUUCUAUGUAGCUUCACUUUUUCUAAAUUUUACGCUUGAGUGGAAGGUCUGGGAAUUGGGGAAUUGACUUCACGUCCACUCAGCGCAAAUGCCCGUUUUACUAUAACUAUGAGAAGAAAGCAGAAAAGUAUGAAAACACAUGCAACAAUAUGGGAAGUCCAAAUAGUCAGAGCAUUCAUUACACGAAUAUUGAACAAUUAUGCCAGAAAAAAUCAUGUCACAGGUAAAUGGGGAAAUAAAUAUAAUGGUGAUAAGCACAGCGCAAAUACAUUGUAAUUUCACUCACCGAUCGUCGACUCCACUUUGAUAGUGUUUGAGAGGAUUUUUUCUAAAUGGUUGGAAACGUCCCCUUCUUCAAAUUCCUUUUCAUGCCUUUCAUCGGAGAAGCAAGCGUAAAACAAUCCCUUGUAAAAUGCUGCGAGCACACAGCAAAUUUUCCCACUGUGUUGAAAUCCUUCCGAUGAAUGGAUACGAACCUUUUCCACUUUAAUCUAACGCUCGUCGAAUCAGGAGAAUUCAUCGUUCUUUACGUUUCCACAGUCCUGAACAACACAACGUCUACCGGGCAUACUUUCGCUGUAAGUCAAAAAAGCGAAGAAAGAACCUCCAAAAGCUUCCAAAAAUAUCUCGUCCUGCAUGCGAAAUUAGCCUCGUUUGUUUACCUUGUUUUGUCGCGUUGAUUUUUCUACGUCACAUCUCGCCCCAACUCCUUCAAAUACUACUCCCGGUCAUUUUUUGAAUCGAGUAAUGGCGGCAAGACAUUUACGAAAAUUGCCGUGCAAAUAAACACACUUCCAGAUCAUAUUUGGACUCCAAACUUGGCGCGGUAAGUCACUUUUACAUACAUUUUCGAAAUAUGUAAUCAAAAACAAAUUCCCAAAUUUGAUCGUAGUAGCACUUUAAGUUGCCCGUAGUUUUGAAAACAGAUUUUGAAAGCGUUAAGAAGAGAUAACGCUCUUUAACGUGGUAUAAGAUUCGUUACUGAAAUCGAGGUACCAGUCGACGAUUUUGGGCUUUGAAAUUUGCUAUUUUUUCAUUGAACGAAAACGUUCAAAAUAUUGAAAAUAAUGAAAAUCUCCAAAAUAUUACACUUUCGUUCAAACUGAGUAAAUCACCACUUAAAAUGUGUGCAAUUAAGUACUCUUCUGAAUAAGUUAUUUGUUGUCCGCAUUACGAUGGCUUUGAAUUUUAAAACGAUUUUUUUGCGACACAUGAUCUCGGGCCUGGAAAACCCGGUCCGAGAGCCGCGAAACCAAUCACCCCCCGUACGUGAAAAAUAAUUAUCGGAUCGAAGUAAAAAUUACAUUUAUGUUAAUAGCUUACCUAGUGCUACUUUGUGAAUUUUUUUGAGAAUUUUCGAUUUUUCACUUUUGUAGAUCUCUGGUCGAUAUUUUCUGACAUCCGCUCUUAAAUGCUCCGGCCUUAAUGCUCCUUUUUUUCCACUAAAAUGUACAGUCUACCCCAAUAAAGUCACUAAAAUUCUUAAUAGUGCCCAUCAUACAGAGUCUUUGUUAAAGAUCGAUAAAGAUUACCGGUAUCUAAAGUUUAUCCUCUAAACGGCUACACUAGGGGGCAUUUUAUCUUGAAACGUUUUUUAAGUUUCAUUUUCUCUGAAAAAAUAAUCAUUUUCCGAGAAAAUUCCAGUAAAAUGCUCGAAUAACGCUUAAUGCUUUUACCUCUGAAAAGCAAAAACUAGCAAGCAUUAUAAUACUCAAAAGCUUACUAUAUUGUAAGCUAAUUUGUGCUUAAUAAUUAAUAGUUAUCUUUACUGAUAUAUUUAGUUUGUGCAUUUUGUUUUUAGACUUUGCAACGCUUUGGCGGGAUUGAUAUCUUGGUAUCAAAUGCAGCCGUCAAUCCAACAUUUGGCCCACUACUGCAGGUUUUUUUUUUUUUUUUUUUUUUAAAAAGGCCGACCUUUUCAGCCUGUUUAUUUAUUUUUUUAAGAUUCACAAUUGCAAUUUAAACUAGGGGUUACAAUAACAAGAGUGAAAGUUUUUAUGCAUUUAAGUCAAAUCCGCUUGUAAAUACAGUUGAAGUCAAAUCCAGGUAACCGUUCCAAAGUCAAUCCGGUUUCGGGUAAUUCCAUUGUCAAAUCCAAGUAUUCAGCGUGUUCCAAAAGUUAAGUCUUGUGCAAACAGUUUACUUCAAAUGUUCAGCUGGUUUCCAGAAGUUAAGUCGGUUGAAACUGGUUUCCGUAGGUUAACUGCUAAUUCAUGGGCAGAGUUGCACUGAAUUCAAAGGUUCCAAAUGUGGUUAAGCUGGUUUUCAAAGUUUAAGCUGGUUGCCGUAAGGUUUAAGCUUGUUGCUAAGCUGGUUGCUAAGGUGAUCUUUGUUCCGGAUCCAACAGUCCAUUCCAAGAUGGCGGCGAAAUGCCUAUCACGGUUCCUCGUGAGUUUGCAGUGUUCCAAAGAAAAUUUUCCUCGAUUUUACCUCCCAUCGUCAAGGUUACAAUGUAGUUCCGCGAUUUAUCCUAUACAAUCGUCAAGGUAGUUAAUAAAAAGGCGAGACUAAUAGCUAGUUCGAAAAACGACGAUCGAGAAGAAAACUAAUCGAGACUCUGCACGCACAAACAGAGAACUACGAGAAGAAACUAAGCGAAACCCCGUCCCCAAGCUAAGCUACCGAAGAAAAACAAACAAAAAACUAGAUCAAAUUGAAAAGUGAGAGAGAAAAAACACCAAAACCCCCGAAAAGAAAAAGAAUUUGGCCUAGGAUCGGUUCUCGGCGGUAGCUGUCGAUACCCCGAAGGAUAUCACUGACAGGCCUACACUUGACAAAGCCAAUUUUACUAUCUAAGGUAUUUAAUAGUGCAAAUAGUGCUGUACGUCAGUUUUAAAACAACCUGUUCCGUUUUCACUCAUUUGGUGCACUGUAAUACUUGUCCUUAUUGAUCAGGAACUAAAGGGAAUUUAUGUUUUUAAGUAGCAGUUUAUUCCAAGUAAUGUUGGAUUGUAUGUAUUCUUAGGAACUCAGGCUACUCCAAUAACCAUGACUGAGCCAGAAAAAACCUAGUUUCAUGAAUUUAUUGCCAACGAGCAGCCUUGCAAAGACGCGAGGCUGCGAGGCGACAGCCCAAUAAAGCCAUGCGCGAAAGUUCCAAGGCAGAAUGAAUCUUGAAGCGAUGUUACAUAAGGUAGUGUAAGGUGACAUAAUACAAAACAGAGAAUGCAUCGUUUUCGAGCGAACACGUGAAACAACAGAGAAUCCACGAGCCGUGUGCUUGUUUGUGAGUCCCAUGCUCAUCCCGUCUUCAGCCAAUCUUCGGGUGGGUUCAUUUGCAACAUAUGCAUAUAGCUCUCGCAUUUGCCUGCUAGCGUUUUUUAUUGUUUUUAGGCUUAAAAACAAUAGAAAACUCCAGCGGGCAGAUGCGACAGCUACACGCGUAUGUUGCAAUAAAGUGAAUAAGUCCACCACGUCAUUUAGGGCCUGUUUACAUGGAGGUGGGGAACCACAGGUAGGUGAGGUAACCUGCUUAUGUGGGGUAAAAAAAUAACCCUCCUUUACAUGCAAUCUUACAACUCCGCCAUCCCGGGGUGCAAUUUCUCAAAAUUAUUGAGUGGUUGCCAAGCACGUAAACAAGAAAAAUGCUGGCAAACCACGUGUUUUGGCGAUUAAUGCACUUCUACACUCCUUUGUUGCUCUUGCUGCAACCUUCAGUGCUGUGGCUUUCUAUUGUUAACUUUAAUAAUGAUGCAAAGCCACCGCCAAAGUGAAUUUUGCGCGAAUUUGAUAUAUCACCAAUCCGACCCCGGCCAGGUGGGUUACCCUACCUUGAAACGUUUACAUGGCAAAAUUUGACCACGCCUGAGAGGGUAACCCGGUCUGGUAGUCCGGGCUACCCGCCUUGGUGGGUCACCCCACCUAUCAUGUAAACGUGAUCAAAUUAAAAUGAGAGAUUAUGGGGACAGGCUGGUUACCCCACCUAAGCGAGUUACCUCUCACCUACCUGGGGUCCCCCACCUCCAUGUAAACAGGCCCUUAAAGCCGUAAAAUCUUUGCUCGUUGGCACUUAGCGAUAGCUAUAACUAGUAGUACAUACAGUACCACAAGUGAAGAGUAAAACAAUAUGUUUUUCGUCUCUCACCUAUAUUUCGGCCGUGUAAAACGGCCUUCAUCAGGGUGAAUGGCCGUUACAAGCAUCACACACCAUUAUAACAUGAUAACGAACAAAUUUGAAAACUUGCACGCGCUACAAAGAAAGAUAAACACGCGCGUGCUCUUACCGGACGCGAGAUCUAGUCGACCUAUUCUGGCUGUAAAAAAAGUCACUUAUAUUCAAGCCCUGAGGCUGAAUACAGUUCAACCUAUAGGCCCACUGGCCUUCUUUAUCCCGGAGAGCUGAUUCUUCCCCGGACACUCUGUCAAUUAACUGUAUACUGACAUCCUCAAGACCAUGGUGUCCCGGGCCAAAAAAAUGUCUAUACAAAAGAUCAUCCUUGUUUCUACCCUUAAAAGAAAGCCUUGAAUGCGCUCUAAAACGGGCCUUAUGAUUGUUAAACCUAAGCCUAAAUUUUGUUGUUGUUGACCCAACGUACUGCGCAUGACAAACCUUACAGGACAGCAAGUAGACAACAUUACUAGUAGUACAUACAGAUGUAGAUUGACGUUUUUUAAUGUGUACGUCUACAUCUACCCUGUGUACAGACGUCUCUCCUCCCUCAGGAAAAAAAUCCAACGUCUGUACACAGGCUAGUCUACAUCUACAUCAAGUUUCAAAGAAAGAAAAUAAAUAUCAAAUAAAUAAAUAAUCAACCAAAUCAUACUGCUUUAACUUUCAAUAUUUCGAUCGUCAUGCAAUAAUUCAUUGUCUUUUGUUUGUAAAAUUUUAGACUCCAGAGGAAGCAUGGGAUAAGGUAAUCUUUUGCAAAGUAAACAUCACAUUUUCUGUCCUUAAUGUGUAAUAAACAGGUACAAUUUAUUUUCAAAAAAUUAUCUUAUUUGUAUUGAAACAGUGGCCGAAUUUAUACUAGAGACGAAAACCGGUGUUAAGACGAAGUUUGGCCCCAAAUUCAACAUGCUGACAGACGAAUCAAAUAAAGACGAAAAUAAGCGUACUUAUAAAUAUGAUACGACAUAAAUAUGAUUACUUAUGAUACUUUGAGAGGAAACGAAAGUGAAAAUAGAACGUAUCGAAAUUCAUGAAAGUGAACAUGAUCUAAGUGAACAUGUUUUUUGCAGGGGAAUGAACAACCUAAGCGCAGUUGAAAAAGAAACUAAAAAAUUCAGGCGUGACCGGGAAUCGAACCCUAACCUUUGCGUUGACCGGACGCAACGCUAUCUAAUAUAAAUGAUGUAAUAUACGAAUGAAUCAUUUUUUUUUUUGUUACUUCUUCGAAUGAAUCAUAUGUUACCUCAAUGGAUAGAGCGUUGCGUUCGGUCAUCGCAAAGGUCAGGCUUCGAUUCCCGGUCAAGCCAGAUUUUUUUUUCAGGUUCUUUUUUAACCGCUUACCUUUGUUCAUUCCACUGUUAAGAGCCCAUGACUGUAAAUAUCGAGAAUCGCUGGCCAGGCUAAAAAAAUCGAACAUUCUGAUUAUUUGUCAGAAAAACCCCUUUGGGGAAGUAUCUUCGAAAAAAAUAUUUUUAACUUUCAAGAAUCUAUAGUGUUCGAGAAAAUGAGGAAAAACGAAAAUAGCGGUUUUUACCUAAUUAAUCAUGCAAAAAUUAGGGUAAAAAUGGUCUACUUUAUCACGUUGGUACCGAGGCAAGAUUCAAAGCUAUAAAACAGAAAUAUUUUUGUUUAAAAGCAUUUUAUCUUUUCUUUCUAUCCAUGGUAUGUUUUAAACCAUAAACACGAUUUUGAAUUUUUUACGGUUUUUUAAAAACUACAACCAAGCGCACUUUUUUAAAAUGGGUAAAAAAUGAGCAACUUCAAAGGCAAAAAACUCACCUUGGUAUAUGUGAUACCUAGCCAAAAUGUAUACUAGGACAAAGUUCAGCUCUUAUAUUAACAGAAUAUGAAAUAAAAAAUCUGGGUACUCCGGAUUCGCCUUUACAAAAUAAACAGUUUCGUGACCACCAGUGGCAAAAGGUCACAAAUUUGCAUAAGUCAAAUUUGUAAAGAAAUGUUGCGGCAGCCGGUUUUGUUUCAGUUCAAGGUCAGUAUGUGAUGUUCGGAAACAUCACGAAGCAAGAAAACGUUUUUUGAUAAAGUUUAUGUUAAAAUAUCAGAGUAAUUAACCGUUCACAAAAAAAUAAAUAAAUAAAAAAAACGAACUCGAAAGCGUUAUGUAAAAGCGCCGGACUAUUAUGUAAACUAUAUCCCAUGUCUCUGUUUUUUUUCCUAACUUCCUUGUAUUAGCAUCCAUCUGUAUCAUCUUAAAUUCGCCUCUGGUAUAUCUAAAAUAGGUAGGUACAUUUUCCUUGAAUUUUGUUUUGAAGGAGGUUUUUUGCGAACGGGAUACACUUCGACUCGUGCGAGGAAGUCAUAAACUAAGAGUUAGAGUAACAAUGUCACGCAACGACGUCUCGAGCAGCUCCGCCUUCUUUUACUGAUUUUUUUCUCCUUAUGAAAUUUUAUGGAAACUUUGUUUUGAACAGGCAAUGCGUUGUUCGCAACAUCAUUUGUUUCUCGUUUUAUUUUAUUUUCAGAAAGAAGGGAUACUAAUUUUGCAUGCCUGUCAGUCACGCACUAAAAGUUAGCAUUUUCUUGACAGAGAUGUUGAAAUCUGAUUUUUUACUACGUAUUACAAACAACAAACCGUCCCUUGAUUUAUUUUUAUUUUUUUUUACUUUUCCACAAAUAGAGGUAUAAUUAAGCAGCUACCAAAGGCCCUAGGAAACAGCUAAGUUAUCGUAGUUCAUGAGUUCCAGCGGUUUCUCUCCUCCGAAACGAAUCCGAAACAUCUUUCCCGCAAAAACUGCCCUUUUUAGGUCAUCUCGGAGUUGUAUCACCUGCCAAGGGGCGUUUUCCUUCAAAUACAAAAUGAUAUUUGUUCAGUGAUUUCAAAAUAUAAUGUAGCAGCGCCUUAGUGUGUAAAUCUAUACGCGCAACUCAUGAAACAAAGCAAGUUCCAACCGACGCCGCCGAAGGACUGGAAAAGGAGACUACAGUCGAACCUCCCGAAAGCGACCACCCAAAAUGCGAAGACUUAGUGGUCGCUAACGGAAGGUGGUCUCUUACGAGAAUCGAACCACGGGAGGGUUCUUUGAGAAGAAAACCGGACACAUCUACUUUAAGGAAGAUAAUUUAUUGCAUGCAAUUUCCAAGUUACGAUAUGUGCAGUUCCAUGUUGAUGUUGUUUCUACCACAAGGGAUCGCUUACAAGAGUUUAAAAACAAUGCAAAAUCAUUAAAGCGUCAGCCCCAAUUAGUGGUCGCUGGCGCUUGCAGGAGAGAUUCCAGCUGGAAGACUUAAACUGGGUGGGUUUUAGUGUUUUGGAUAGGUGGUCGCUUAAGGGAGGAAGUCGCACAUGGAGGUUCAACUGUACUUCAACAGAGUAAAUCCCUUUCACGACGAUGCGACUAGGAUUUGUCCAUGGAAGAUAAGACUCCUUGUUCACCUCUUUUGAGCUGCUCUAAUCAACUCCCACCCAUGUCGAGUGCUUGCUCCCACCCAUGUCGAGUGCUUGCAAAACGUAGCAUCAUCUUGAAAAGAGAAGUAUUAGAAAGGUCAUCCUUGACGCUCCUGGCAUAUCGCAGUAUGCGCAACGAACUUGUAUCGACGUAAGUACCAUUUACUAACCGGGCAGUAAGGUGACGCAGAGUAAAAGCGUAACUUGACUACAAUUUUGAGUUUACAACAGACCCGAGUUUUGUUCAAAGAAAUGUCUGCUUUUGCUCAGGAGUAUUAACGUCAGUUCCCGUCCCAGCUCGCGCCUUCACACCGGAACGUCCGAUCGAAUUAUUACUUAGUUGAUAGCUACUCUUCUCUUCCUCUUCCCAACUUAUUUAGGAAGAUCAAAGGCCCUCUGCUCGCAGGGCAGUUGAUAGCGACUAAGGAGCUAAAUAACAUAACGAGGCAAGUAAGUGGGAUCGGCGGUUUUCUUUACGCCUAACCGUUUCCCAAAGUAAAGAAGGAAAUAGCUUCAGACAAAAGGGAAAGAAGACCCCAAAUCGAGGCCCUAUGUGGCGUGUAUAUUUGUUGCUUUAGGCUGAUUCUGUGCUAAAGUCAUUACUUACUGCCUUUACCCAGUCAAAAAAUGUUCAUUGUAGAGUUACAUGUGGGGUAUGAAGAAGAUAUCAUUUUAUAAGAAAGCACUAACCAAAAAUAUCUUUUUGGGUGAUACAUUUAAACUUGAAAAAGAUGGCCCAUUUUUUUUCAAUUUUCAGUCCAUGUCCAUCCUGGCCAUCAGUAGCAACAGACCGUGCCUUAAUAUAGUCUUACAUAACAAAACUGGACCAUUAUUUUUUAACUGAAUUGAUGUGAAAUGAAGACCAUAUAUAGGUUUUUAAAAUGAACUAGCAAAUAGCUUGGCAUAGCCCCUUUAACUCUUUUUUGACGGCCAAUUUUAGUGGAAGAAAACCCAGCCUUUUUGGACCGGUUUUCAACCAGUGAGUAGCCUGGAUAACGGGCCUUAUUUUUUCGCGUUUUUGCAGGCGAGCGAAGGCAAGCGCGAAGUGAGUGAGAAGUGCCACACAAGCGCGAUGGGGAAGACGCAGAAAAAACAACGGCCUGUCCACAUACUAUUGUUUUGUUGCAUUCCGCCCCAGACCUACCCCUUAAUGACGCUCCUCACGCUGUUCGCGCUUGCAUUCGGUCCGGCUUCGGGCUUGCCUUCGCUCGCCUGAAAAACGCACGCCUGUUAUGCAGGCUAGCAGGAGCCGAUUACUGAGGCUAGCCAGUUAGCAUGAUGUGGGAAUGGCUGAAAAAGAGAUUUGCAACACAAGACUGCUAAAUUGGACGUACACUAAUUUAGAAGCUUUUUUGGCGCAUUCAUAGAAGCCAAAAUUUGGACGUCUCUUACGAACCUAUAUCGAUCUUUCUCUCCCGCUCUCUUUUUUCCCUUUGCCUUUCUUCUUAAGCACCUUCAAAUAUAGGUCCCCAAACUUGUAACGCAAAAAACCGUCCGUUAAAUCGCCCCUCCAUGUAUAAGCCCCCCGGGGCUGCUACUUGGAAAUUGCCCUCAAAUACAAGGUAAAACAAAGCAAAAACGGUAAAUUUCCUUCCAACUGUAAGGUUAGCCCAAUCGAUUUUGAAACACAAAAUUCCCUCCAUAGAUUAGCCCCUCUGAAUAUAAGCCCCUCAAAAAGGGCCUUUGAAAAAUAUAAGCCCCGGGGCUUAUUUUCGGAAUUUUACGAUAUUCUUGGUUAAAACUCUGAAAAAAAAAAAAAACACCAAAACGACCCCAGUGCAGUACUCCCUCCAUCUGAUUUCUUUUUUCUAUUGAGCGUUCAAUGAAGGUUUCAGCUAAUCAAUGGCACAAUUACGGGUCGGUCCACUUGGCGAUCUUUGACCAUCUUUGGGUGUUCGAAAUCAUGUCUGGACUUAUAGUGUUGAACGCACGAACAGUCAAGAGGCAGACAGAGGAGGUGGAAGAAUUUCAGAAAAGAGAUAAAAGGGGGCAAUGAUUACUUUAAUCUUGUCUUUACUUACGUUAUUUUUAAUAAGCGAGACUUGACAAUUUCACCAAAAUAUAACUUUGAAAAACUUCUAAGAUAAUUAACUGUUUCGGAUUUUUAUUGAUUGAAAACUUACGGUCUGAUGUAUAGUAUUAAUGGCAAAUCCCCUAAAAUGCCUUGAUGAAUGAACUAUCGGUACCAUAAAAGCAUGUGCCCACUCCAAGAAAGAUGUAUGGCUACGAAACUUAUUCAGGUGAAUUAAGCAAAGUUAAGUCAUCUAACAUGAAUAAUAUUUCUUUACACACUUCAUAACCUCACAUUUUUUUAUCGUACCGGUAAAAAUAAAGUGUGACUGUGCUGAGUUAUUGGCAACGGUCACGCAAUUGCAUAAUACAGUACUCCAACACCCGAACACAAUUUGUGAGCAAUCUUAAUUUUGUAAUGUACAAUUAAGAAGAGCUAACAUACUAAUUAAAAAACAUUUAACAUUAGCUAUUCUCUUGGUUAUGCUAUUCUUAAGCCUCAAAUAUUGCGUGAUGCUGACAGUUACGAUAGGAGGAAUAUGCCGAUGCAUUAUGCAAAUUUGCCACAUUGUGUCACCAACCUUCACAGCUAUUUGUUAUCAGGGAUAUCAAUUUUUCUGAUCCUUUACUUAAUUUUAGCUUCAUUUAAAGGCGCUUUCAUCCUUUCUCCUACGUUUCGAAUAUACCAUGAUCCGAAACUAGAAAGAGAAGUCAGGCGGCAUCAUUUCUCCACAAAUUUGACUUAUGCAAAUUUGUGACCUUUUGCACUGGUGGUCACGAAACUGUUUAUUUUGUAAAGGCGAAUCUGGAGUACCCAAAUUUUUUAUUUCAUAUUCUGUUAAUAUAAGAGCUGAAAUUUGUCCUAGUGUACAUUUUGGCUAGGUAUCACACAUACCAAGGUGAGUUUUUUGCCUUUGAAGUUGCUCAUUUUUUACCAUUUUAAAAAGUGCGCUUGGUGGUAGUUUUUAAAAAACCGUAAAAAAUUCAAAAUCGUGUUUAUGGUUUAAAACAUACCAUGGAUAGAAAGAAAAGAUAAAAUGCUUUUAAACAAAAAUAUUUUUGUUCUAUAGCUUUGAAUCUUGCCUCGGUACCGACGCGAUAAAGUAGGCCAUUUUUCUCUAAUUUUUGCAUAAUUAAUUAGGUAAAAACCGCUAUUUUCGUUUUUCCUCAUUUUCUCGAACACUAUAGAUUCUUGAAAGUUAAAAAUAUUUUUUUCGAAGAUAGUUCCCCAAAGGGGUUUUUCUGACAAAUUAUCAGAAUUUUCGAUUUUUUUAGCCUGGCCAGCGAUUCUCGAUAUUUACAGUCAUGGGCCCUUAAGAUCAUGCUCUCUUUCAAAUCUUUAUCCGCAGUUCAAAAUAUGAUUGACUAGCUGUUCAAUUUCCCGUAGUCUGCUACACACCCGUUUUUAGCGUUGACACGCAACGCACCGUUUGUGGGGAUUAGCGUUACGUAACGACACUAAAAACGGCUGUGUAGCAGACUAAAUUUCCCGCCUACUUACUGCAUAUACAGCGGUACCCAGUAACUUGAAAUCUUAGUGACAGCCCUGGUGGAUGUGUCCAGAUCUCUACUCAGGAAGACACCCUGUGGUCCGAUUCUCUUUAGCGUUAACCUCCCACAAGCGAGCGCUAAAUUUUCGUAUGGGCGGUUAAUUACGAGAGGCCUGACUGUAAUAAUAUGUUUUUAACCUAAAAUUUUCUUCGACCAUUUCUCUCUGCGAAGGCUCCCACUAGUAAACAAAAUGAGUGAACACGCUCCUUUGGUAAUUUGUCCAUAUGACUUAAAUAUUGUGUUAGAUGCCUGAUUAAUAGUAACAGCUUGGAAACUGUUUUCAGGCAGCACCUCAAGCUAUAGGCUCGAUUUCCACCGUCUCCCGGGUCCGGUCUUUGAUCCUCCCCGAAGAGAGGGGGAUGAGUGCGGGCUCAUUUUCCCGAACAGCGGCUGGUAAUCGAGCCUACUCAAGCUAUAUUUGUUUCUAUCUGUUUCUAUCUGUUUACGUUAUUUUUCAGAUCUUUGAUGUGAACGUGAAGUCUGCCUUCUUGCUGGCGAAGGAUGUUAUUCCUUUGAUGGAGAAAAGGGGGUUUGUAGAUUUGUUUGUUUUGUUGUUAUUUUAAUGGAUUUUAAAGGGGCAGUAUCACUUGCAGAGUUUUAUUUUUGUUUAUUUCGUCACCAAAAUAUGCUAAAAGUUUUAUAAGCUAACAACAAUUUUGCGCGUACAGCACACUUUUUGGUACAUUUGAUUUCGUUGACCGUGCGACCACGACGUAAAAUUUCCUGAUUCAUGUUACGUUUUGUGGAAUACGUAAAAACACGAAGAAGAGUUUUUCUCUCUCUUUCUGAACUUGGGUGCGGCCCUCAAGAAAUCAACUUCAAGAAAAUUCACCUACAUUUGACAGUUUAAGCGAGUUGGAAUGAACGCAAGAGAGUUAAAAAAUACGAAUUCGUUUUGAUAGUGACGAUAUUAUCGCCGUCGCCAUCGUCGUUGCUAAAGUUCCCAAAUAGCCUGCGCGGCUGUCGCGUGAUAGACUGCGAGUAGUCUCUCUUUUUCUUCUGGCCCCGGUUGUUCAAACGUUGGAUAGCGCUAUCGACCGGAUAAAUCACUAUCCAGCGGAUAGCGUAAUUGAUUUCCGUAAUACUUAUCCGUUAUAUAGUGAUUUACCCGGUGGAUAGCGCUAUCCAACGUUUGAACAACCGGGGCCAGAUGUAGUAAGGGGAGUGCACACGUGCGACGUGCAGAAAGCAGAGUAAGAUUAUAAUUAUCUAAAACUAAGCUACCUGGACCCGCUUCUCGAACGUCCCGUAAUUCUCGGAAAGCUCUUUGAAGUGUUUCAACUCAAGAUCGAGGUUUUGAUAGUUAUAACAAAACGAAAUGGACUGGUCAAAGAAGCUAGAACGCCACCUGCUAAUAUUUAGAUGUUUAUCCUACUGAGACUUUAGACUCGACAAUUUAACUCGACUUUUGAGAAACAAGCCUUUUCUUUCUUGCGUUCGCGCACGGGUCUUUUCUUAUGUUUUCGCUUGGUAAUUUGUUGCGUUCGUUCUGCUUUAGGUCUAAGAAAAAUAGAUGGGUGGUUGAACAGUGGAACGACCCUCCCUUUGCUCCUCGUACAAAUCUUAAGUGACGACUGGGCACGAGUUGGGUACAAUAAUAUUACCAUUCGUGAUUCAUUCAUGAUUUUUGAUGUUUUUGUUUUGUUUAGGGGUGGAUCUGUGGUUUUUAUUUCAUCAAUAGCUGGAUAUCAACCAAUGCAGGUAAUGAUAGUUACUACGGAAAAUAAUACGCGCUCCUAAAUGUAUAAUACUCUCCAAUGGCUGGCUUAGCUUCAUCUCCGCGAGUGCAUGGGAAUAGACUGCACAAAAACAGUAGAACCUUGAUAACUCGAACUCGAAUAACUCGAAUUAAAUUUUCUUUUCCUUGAUCACAAUUUCACUGAAAUUUACCCCGAUAACUCUCAUUCCCCGGAACUCGAACUGUUACCGGGGUUCUACUGCAUUAAGAAAACCUUGAAGCUUUUAAGAUUAAUUCUGAGUUGAAAGCGGCAAGCGGUUUUAAAACCCAAAGAACUCAGGAACUGGACCGGCACAUUAGUGCCAACGGUGUGUUUGCAGUGCAUCUGACGUGUUAUGCCAACCGAUAUCCAUGAAAUAUAGCACGUCCAGCACGCACGCGGUUAGUUACAGGCACAUUUUUGAACGGACGAAUUUUUUUACUUGUGCAACCCGUUUACACGGAACCGUACAAAUUCUGUUACAGAUUGCAGUACUGCUUGCCUUCUAAAAACUUGCACGGUCCCUCGGGUCCCGUGCAAACGAUAGGCAGACCUGUGUAGAAGGGGUCUUGAGCUUCGUUCAUACGGUAACGGACGAAUUUUCGACCGGUGGAAAAUGCGUAACCACUUGCACCCGCUCUUAAUACGUAACCACCCAAAGCUUACGAAAGUUAAACGCCAAAAUCAAGGUCAAAUUUCCAGCCGGUACGGUACAAAAUUUGGCCGGCGCGGUGUGAACACCUCAACCGUCUAAAUUUUUGUACGGCAAAGGCGUAGCUCCGUAAAUGCGUGGUAAUUUAGCUGGGGAGAAUCCUUUUUGAAUUUGCUUAAUUAGUGUCUCCGCAUGGGCAAAUGGUCAGUAAAACCAUUGAGGAAAGAUAAUUUUCAACGUGGUUCGUCAGUUCCGUGUGAACACAGGGAAAAUAUUGGCCGCAUCGGACCAGUAGAGCUAGAACCGCUAUAAUUUUGCUUUCCCACAACAGUUGCAUCCUUGUCUAAGUUUAUGAUUUAGUUAGUAGAUGACCUGCCUUGGCCUCUGCCAGUCAGGUAACACAAUCCCGGAAGUCACUGGCGACCCUUAGUGUGUUUUGUGACCUUCCCAUAAGGAGAGAAACAGAUAAUUGAAAAUAACGUCACGAGUAAGAAUCCCAAAUGGCCACAGAAAGACCGGCCAGCUGGGUAUUUACAAUUGUGGCCGAGGAAUUUAACUCGAUCGGUACUAAUGAGAAGAAAUACGGCUAUAGUGGCAAGGGCAGCCGUAUUAUUUCGGAACUUCUCCAGGAAGAUUCGAAAGGAGAAAACAAAUAACAUAGUUUUCUUGGCCUCUAGACACCAAAAAUUAUAUUCUAACCAUUAUUAAAUAGAUAGGAACUGUAACAGGAAAAAUGUACCAGAAAAAUAAUGUGUGAAAGGUGUGAAUAAAGUCUUAUGUUCUGUUACGUUAUGUUCCUCGCUUAAAACACGAGGCCCGAUUACUGGCCUGUAAUUCAAUAGCCAACGUUCGAUAUAUCAAAAUUCUAACAUGAAUUCUAGGCUUGAGGGACAGAAAGCCUGGGAGUCAUGUUAGAUUUUUUUUAAACAUCAAACGCCUAUAUCAUGGUAGCUGAAUGGCCCUAAUUUAAGUUUAUGUAUAGUGACGUCAAUAUAGUGUAUAGUGUUUUCAAGUGACGUCAUUUCCGCCAUUUUGGUGUUCCCAAACAAUGAAAUGGCAGCCAUGUUGGUUUCCCAAAUCAGUCUUGUGGGAGUUAAACCUUUUUCUUUUAUGUAAAAACUUUCUUUUGUUCUUAUAAAUUUGUAUAGCAGCUGUUGGUUUCGUGAGUGACUCUCCCUAUCUUUAUAGCGCUAUUACUUAAGGUGGCUCGAUACAGUUUUUCAGCGUCAACACCUCCCAGUUUUAAGCAUAAACUACGCUACCGUAAACAGAGAUUUGGAAAAAUUGCCACCGCAGUUGUAUUAGAUGACGAUGCAAAUUUGUUAUGAUUAGGGUUGCAAUGAAAUCGAAGUUGUCAUAGCAACGAAAUGACGCUGUUACCUAUUUAACUUGCAGCAGUGUUAAGAGCGUUAUCGAGGUAUUUUUGGAUGAAGUUUUUAUGGUUAAAAAUGCGGUAAAAAAAAUUGACAGUCUUAAUGUUCGGCCGUUAUCUGUGGAAAACGAAGCGCGUUUGACAUGCAAUUUCACCUCAUAGUAGUUUCAAUCUUUUUAAAAAAUGUGUGUGAAAGAUCAUGGGGAUAGCUCCAGCCGAUUGCUGAAAGUUAGUGUCGAGACGCUCUUGUUAGCGGUUUUGUAUACAUUUUGGUCUACUUUAGCAAAUUAGCGAAUAAUUUUUAAACCGCUCGAUAAAAAGAUUUUUUAAAAAAAUUGAGAUUCUUGAGAUUUACUGCUCUUUUCUAAAACCUUUUGUUUCAAGGUUAUUGAUAUAUUGUAAGGCAGUAAAAUGAGGGCUACAAUUCGCUGUUUUGUCAGAAAUUUUCGGUUUACAAGGGAGAGCCUCUCAUUAUUCAGCGGUAUUGUCUCCACGUUUCAUAUUUUCGUGCACGACAAUUGACCACUCCGGAAAUACCAUAAAAUAACAUAAUGCUCUGUGUUUGUCACCCCAAAAUUUUGCAUAAGCAUUGUCUUCAGUUUCUGUUGGGAGGUAAAAUGGCGUUCAAGAGAAACUGAAAACAAUGCUUAUGCAAAAUUUUGGGGUGACAAACAGAGCAUUAUGGUAUGUUACGGUAUUUCUGUAGUGGUCAAUAGGUGGCAUUUUUGCAUAUUUUAAAUGCAUUGUUAGUUACUGCUGUUCAUGUGAAAAUGAAACUUGGAGACAAUACCCUUGAAUAAUGAGAGGCUUUCACUUUUAAAGACGAAACUCCCGUUUAGUAUUGUUUUUCGGUUAUUUUUGAUAAUAUUUGUAUGGAGAGAACGUGGAUAAGGGAAAUUCCAUUUAAUAUAGAGAAGGGGGUAUGAUGAUUUUGAGGGGGCUCGGGGGGCUUAAAUUGUGUGUGUGCGAGUACGCGUGUGUGUCUGUUCGCGGGGGGGCUUUAAAAAAUCGGUGAGGUCAAGGGGGAGGGCAUAAAAUCUGUCUAUAAAACUAAGUGCCUGAUUAAAUGAGCCGGGCUAGCUCGCUUUGCAGAGAUCUAGCCACCUUAGUUAAAUGCAACCAAAAUCAACUUUGCGAUUAUAUGACAACCGACCCAACCCGGUUAGCUGGGAUCCCUGUAUUGUGAUGAUGCCGAGAUCCCAUUGCUUCCAAUCUCUAUUUAAGCAAUAGAAAACGUUUUCCGUGUUUGCAUAACCUGAUAUAAACACGAGAGGGAUUGGGAGGAUUCGAGACAGUUAUGCAAACCCGAGACGAAGUCGAAGGUUUGCGUAACUGUCGAGAAUUCUCCCAACGCCUCGAGUGUUUUUAUCAGGCUAUGCAAACACAGGAAAAAAGUUUUCUAUUGCUUUGAUAAAAUAACUUUCUCGAGAAAAAACGCAAACCUUUUUGUAUGGCACCGAUUAAAAGAGAAAUUCUCACCAGUGGCAAAGUCUUGUCCACGAAGUCUUGCACGCGUAAUCAGUUCUAGUUUUGCAAAUAGAUGCUUUCCAAAAUACGGACUUUUCUCGCUUAAAAUGUCAGCUUAAGCGAAAAAAAAAACGACACACCCUCUUUGUAACGUUUUUCCAAGUUUCAGCCGACAAAGAAAGGGGUAAAUAAAGUAAACUUGUCGAGUUUUGAACUCGAAAACUUUUUCAAAUUCGUGCUUGCGUGAUUAGCGCGUGAAAAGCAAAACAUCUUGACGCCACAACCAUGUCUACAUACUCUCGUGCAAACACUCCUCUCGGCCAGUCAAAGCGCGCGUACUAUCUUAGUUAUUUUAUAAUGGCAGCUCCGGGUUGGACCUUUUCGUGUAAUACCGGCAUAAAAGUCACCCCAGAUAGGUGAGGUAACAUGUGGCGGGUCUAAUGUAAACGUGAUCAAAUUAAAAUGAGAUAUUAUAUAUAUUGACAAGCGGGUUGCCCCCCUCCCCCCCCUACCUGGGGUCCCCCACCUCCGUGUAAACAGGCCCUUGAUCUAAUUAACCCAAGGAUUUUAAAAAUAACGAACGCAGUUUGCACGUGAAGAUUUUGGACUCUGCCCCUUUUACAGUUCGAACGUAAUGGAAUGCAACUUGUUUACGAGAUCAUUUUGGUCAGAGUGUUUUCACAUGACGUCACGGCGGCCAUAUUGGUGUUCCAAAACAAUGAAACGGCGGCCAUGUUGGUGUCCCAAACCAAUCCUGUGGGAGUUGAACUCUUUUCUUAUGCAAACGCUUUCUUUUGUUCCAAUUAAUUUGCAUAGAUGCUGGCCACGUGAGUGAAAACACUCUAUAAGAUUUUAAGAAAUCACUUCCUUUCCGAAAAUCUGCAAUGAAUUGUGCGUCAUUCAAUGUUGCUCUUAUUUAUCUCUUGCACGAUCACGGGAUUCUGCGCGAUAUCUUCUUUGGCUAUCGACAACUGAGGGCAAAAAUGUUGUCAAACUCUUGGCAAUAAGGCAAACCCGUCAAUUCCAAUUAUUUUCGACAGAUUUACCUUCAAAUUUCUGAAAAAUCGCCGGCUUCUAGGUAAGAUAAAAAAUACCGUAAGCUUGAAAUUUAUACGUUUAUCUUUUCCGAGCAAAAAAUCGUCUUCUGAGAGGACAUGUCCUUACUGGCAACGAAUAGGUGGUUUUCACGUUACGUCAUCGCCGCCAUGCUGGUGGACGGAAAACAAAAGAUCGCUCAUUAGCUCGCUUUGUUUGUCCACCAGCAUUUGUUCAUUUCACCAUUGUUAUUUGUGUCUCCCGAGAUUGCAUGAAAACCACCUAUAGUCUGAUCAAUGUAAAUGGCAAUGACCGGUACCUAUAGUCCGGAGGAAAAACAUCAGUUCAUGCCGUGUGUUGCGAGGAUAGUUAUUUUCCAAAGGGAAAAUUGAAAUUAUAUAAUACCGUAAAAUUUCGAAAAUAAGUCCCGGGGCUUAUAUUUUUCAAAGGCCCUUUAUGAGGGGCUUAUUUUUGGAGGGCCUUAUCUACGGAGGGAAAUUUGCGUUUCAAACUCGAUUGGGCUAGCCUUAUAGUUGGAAGUAAAUUUACCGUUUUUGCUUUGUUUUACUUUGUAUUUGAGGGAAAUUUUCCAAGUACAAGUAUAUUUGGAGGGGCGAUUUAACGGAGGGUUUUUUGCGUUACCUGUUUGGGGGGCUUUUAUUUGGAGGGGCUUAUUUUCGCAAUUUUACGGUAGUUUGUUUCACUCAGUGCACCUUGUUUUUCACUGAAUACGUUUGAUUUCUAUUGCCAAUUUGUUUGCCGUGCGUUAUCUGUGGGACUUAUGUAACGAGGAUUGAUGCUGGCGGACAUGUUGUAGUCGCGUCGCUUGGAUUGUUUAUGGUCGCACGUAUUGCGUGCCUAUUGGAACUUUGAAUUAAAACAAGAGAUCUUGGGCGACGCGUAAAUAAUAAUAAAUUAUAGUAGGCUUCUUUUGAAAUGGUCUACGUCACAAUGUCAUAUGAUGCGACUAUACUUUUUCAGAACAACUGCGGUAGAUACAUAUCUGACAAUUUAUGAUAACUGCAAUAUUUAUUAAGAACAUAAACAUGAACAAGUAGUGCUUGAUUUUUUUCUUGAAAAUACGGGGAAGUUUCUCAGAAUUACUUAUGUGUAAAUAAGUUAACGAUUCUGCUUUGCAUGCUUGAUGAAUCAACUGAAAUUGAAGCACAUUUCAUUUGAAGUGGUUUGACCAUAAAAAUUAUGCAACUUGCAUAAUUUGACCACAAAAAAUCAUUCAACUUGCAUAAUUUUUUGUGGUCAAAGCACUUCAAAUGAAUGAUAACAUUGUCUUUGUGCUUUAAUUUCAGUAGCUUCAUGAAAAUGAUUUUCAUACAAUCAGUCGAUAGCCUUGAAAAUAAAUCCGAACUCAGGUUAUGUUAAUAUAUACCUGACUAUACCGGACAUGAAGGUCAGUUGUUGCACGAACCAUCGAGUAAAUAAAAAAUUCACUGCCUAACAAGUUGUCUUCGGUCACCAAUGAACGAUUUUCUCUUACUACGUUUCUAAACAAAAACAUUUAAAAGAAACUUGCUGAAGGUUUACGACAAUACAGUUUUCAAAGUCCAUUUGAAUUGAAAACUAUUUAACGACAUACUUAUUACGAUACGAAAAGAUGUACCUAGUCCUUGUUUAUGCAUUCAAAUGAUCUAAGCCGCCCGUACAGAGGUGAUAGCGACUCACCCAUUCUCCCUGCGAGGAAUCUGGAUUGGAGUGGACAGUUGUACAUGGUUUGUACAUCAGAAAGACCCUGCAUUCCUUAUUUACGCCGUUUAUGAGCAACAAUUCCCAGGACAAGGUACUGUACUAUUCAUUUAGACUAUUGCCUUUGGCCCUAUUUUUCGAAACUUCCAAUUUGUAAAUCUCGUCUAUUUACCGUGGGCAAUCUAUAUCAACUAAAAUCACGAAAUCUUUUUUUUGUGUCUCAAUGACUAUUUCUCCUAAUAUGCAGCGUCUGUCAUGUGUGUGCCUACGUUCCAUAUUUACGCAGUCAGUUGUCCUCGAGCGACUUUUUCUCUUCUAAAGCCUUCUGAUUAUCCUCUGCCAACUUUUCUUGAGCCUGUUUGAGAUCUUUUGCAAACUCUGUAGCCAGCUGACGUACGUUCUUCUUGGCCUGCUCGAUGGUUGGGUUUUCUUCUAAGUAGUUGUAAAGAUCUUGCCUGGUAUCCCUGAUUUGUAGCAUGUACACACCACACACGUCAUCCAGAGCAACCCAUUUGGAAUAGUAUUGCACUGCACUUUUCUUGAAGCCCAUUGAUGUCCAAAACUUCAGUCGCUUUUCGUCAUCAUACUUAUCCAAGGCCUUUUGCACCAAUUUCUGCAUUUCUCCUUUGGCUAUAGACUCACAUUGGCUUUGCAUUUGCUGCCAGAACAAAGCUAUUUUCAUCAUGACGGCGGAUAAAUAUUCGAGUACGCCAGUGGAACUGUACAAUGCUUCUGCUGCGUCUGCCAAAGCGUUGUCAUCUUGACACCUCUUGAUCUUUUCUGGAAAUUCAAUGCACUCUUCCAUGGCCUUUUUGCGAAUUUCCUGUUCCUUCUGCAGUUCAUCUAGAUGCUUCAUCUUUUCUAUCGCUUCGACGGCUUUUUCCACAUUUCCCAUCAUAGCGUUUCCUGCAGCACUCAUCAUUACAUUAACCUUGUCGUAUAAUAGUUGCGCUCUUGCUUCUGCUUCAAGAGCAUUCUUUUCCCUCUGCUCUGCUUGCGUUAUUCUUGAUUCAAAGUCCUUUCUUUCUUCCAAAUGAGUUUUUUUUCUUGCGCCAAUUACAUCUUCUGUGGCCUUUACAAAGUCGCCGUGUAAUUCAUCUGCGGCCUUCGCUAGUUCGUCUGCGGCCUUUGCCAUUGCCGCUGCCACGUCCGUCAACAUCGAAAGUGUUUCUAGAGCCAUCUCUUCGAAUCCAUCGAAGAAAUGUGGAUUGGUGCUCUUCAGCUCUUGGAGCACCCUUUGCGAUGCGCCUUUAAAUUGGUGCACCGUGACAGCUGAUUUGUCGGCCAGCUUUGUUACUUUGUUGCUGACUCUCCGUACUUUAAUCUGCCCGUCGCUGUGCCCUGCCACGCCGUUGUAGGCUACGUCAAUGAAGUUACCGAAUUUUCCCAGGUCGUCCACAAGGCUUCGGAGAUCAAGCAAACCAAGCAAAAGAUCUUUCGCUUUCAGUACCAUUUUGCUUUUUGCAUCUGGCAUGGUAAGAAGGUCGAAGGUUUCGUCAUUAAUGACAACCUUAGAGUCAGCCAUUUUGUUCUUUUUUUUUUUGGAUUCUUCUUUUUUACACAGCUUUAAAUGGUAGACACUCAAUUACUGAAGGUUCUGUGCAGAUAUCUAGGCGAAUGCUUUCGAAUGUGUUGAAUAGGAAACAAUUUAUGUGUUUUGGGCGGUCUGUUACCGGAAAAUGAUCAAUUAAUCAUGGUUGAUGUAAAUAUAGAUAUGUAUCUGACCAUUGCUAGCUACUUCAUACCAUAUAUGGUUAAUAUUAGCACGAGAAGUUACAGCUAUUUGCUUUCUUAGAAAAAAGCUUUCUAUUUGGAUCUAGGCAUUUAAGUGUUUUUUGUUUUCUUCCACAGAACCGUGAAAUUGGAAUUUCUUUCAUGCUAUCAUUGCUUUCCACGAAAUCUUUAUCUCUAACUGGGCUUCAUGUUUUCUAAAGACAAAUGCACAGCCCGGCUGACUUUAUCUUUUGUUUUCUUAUUGGAACGAAUUAAGAUCGUGAACAAAAACAUCUAUAACUUGUCUUUACUUUCAAUAUUAACAUAAUUAUCAAGAUCUUUCUUGGAAACAGGAUAGCCACUUGGCACAUAGUUUGUGGUGUUUUGUAAUUUCUCUCCCCGGUACAAAGACGUUCUAAUCAGCUUGAAACUAAAGUUUUACCAUCAUGUCACUAAUCGCAACUAGUCCUAGGUGUUUCAACGCACUGGAAGCAGCCGUGGAGGCAGUGAAAACCGGUAAUGCUGACAGCCCACAGAUUAUAAUUAAAUCCUUAAGACAAGACGGAUUGUUGUUACAAAAACAGGCCUCAAUCCUCUGUGAUGAGCUCAAACAGGCCAAGAAGAAGCAGCAAGAAUUAGACGAGGAUCCAGCUAGGCGGAUAAACAAGUUACACGCCGAAGAGGUGGAGCUUAAAAAUAUGAGGCAAGGUUUGGAAGCGAAGAAAUCAGCGCUGAACGAGGAGAGGGAACGUUGCUGCCGAAACAAACAAGAUGCGGCUAGGAAGCUGAAGAGAAAUACGAUGAAUUGAAGCAUUGGUGGUGGGUUCCUGGUUACGGCACGUUUCUGGCCGUUCGAGAACUUGUUGAAAACAAUGAGGAAAGGCUCGUGAUGCACGCAGAGAAAUGGAGCGUUAUGACGGAGAAAUGAGCAGAGCCGACUCGAACAUCAGGUCGGCAAAUAUCCCUAUUUCGCAGGUAGGUGUCUUAUUUCUUUUACGUGUUCUUUUAGUGUCAUAGGCAACAAAGCAUGCAGAACGAAACUCUUAACUAUAGCUACGAAACGUUUAGUUGCUAUCGAAGUGUGUUUCUCAUUUGUCUAGCCCGUUUUACGUUAAGUGCAAAUAAUCGGGCACUUUAAGGGCGGAAUGUUUCGCUUUUCGACAUUUCGGCCUCCGAAUCACCUUCGCGUCAAUUUAACAUUAUUCCAGUUUCAUCAUCUCUUUGUACUGCUGUUCUGUUCAGUGAUAUCGCUCAGUUUGCAGGCCAAUUUUUCAUCUUUUUCUGCAGGCAGAGAAGGACCAAUCGAUCUGCUAUUUUCCAAAAAUAUGCUCGAACACAAACAGUUCAAAAACACGGCGUUUACAGGAUCUAACUCGUGCCUCUCUAAGUGCCUCUCUUAGUCCGUUGAGAACAAUCUGAACGAGCAAACGGUCGUGUUUAUCUUUGCCGUGAAUCCAGAUAAAUACAAGAAGGAAUCUAGCCGAAUUUUAUAAUGUUUCCUUCGCCAGGAGUUUAGUUUCGUCACGAAACUCAUGGCCUGAUGCUCUUGUAAUCGUUUAUAAAAAACGGCCGCAAAAAAACGGCCGCCGCCAACUCGAUAGCCGCUUCAUUAUAUGUUCACAUACUUUGAGCACAAGAAAAAUCUAAGAGCCAGCAGCCUCUAAAAUAACUCAAAAGAAAGGUUCUGUGAACUAUAGGGAAGAUUCCAUCAAAGAUUCCAUCAGUCAUUGUGGAGUAGCCGUCAUUAACUCUGCCAUUACAACGGCCGCUGAUAAGAGGAAACAGUAAAUCCACGUAAAAACAUUCCACAGGAAAACAAUUUCAAAAUAACGCCAAAAACUUAUUAAUAACCAUAGGACGAUUCUUAAUACAAAACUUCGCUAACGAUCGAACGAUGGCUGAGAUUUUGACAGAUAAAUACAGCCAUCCAAAAUCUCCGACACAACUUGAAAAAAGGCCGACUUUUUCAAGUUUGUUUUCAUUGGCUCGCACAUGCGUGUGGGGUAACAUAGCCCCUUUAAAGUAGAUGUGUCUACUUUUUUUCUCAAAGAAACCUCCUGUGGUUCGAUUCUCGUAAUAGACCACCUCCCGUUAGCGAACACUAAGUCUGCGCAUUUUGGGUGGUCGCUUUCGGGAGGUUCGACUGUAGUCUUCUUUUCCAGUUCUUCGGCGGCGUCGGUUGGAACUUGUUUUGUUCAUGGGUUUCGCGUAUAGAUUUACACACUAAGGCGCUGCUACAUUAUAUUUUGAAAUCAGCAAAUAUUAUUUUGCCAGGUGGUACAACUCGGCGAUGACCUAAAAGAAGCAGUUUUUGCGGGAAAGAUGUUUCGGAUUCGUUUCGGAGGAGAGAAACCGCUGGACCGUAUGAACUACGAUCACUUAGCUGUUUCCUAGGGCCUUUGGUAGCUGCCUAAUUAUACCUCUAUUUGUGAAAAAGUAAAGAAAUUAACCAAGGGACGGUUUGUUGUUUGUAAUACGUAGUCAAAAAAUCAGAAAAAGCAAAAAGAAAAAAAUCAGUAAAAGUAGGGCGGAGCUGCUCGAGACGUCGUUGCGUGACAUUGUUACUCCAACUGUUAGUUUAUGACUUCCUCUCACGCAGUGUAUCCAGUUCGCAAAAAACCUCCUUCAACAUAAAAUUUCAAGGAAAAUGUACCUACCUAUUUUAGAUAUACCGGAAUCGAAUUUACGAUGAUACAGAUGGAUGCUAAUACAAGGAUGUUAGGAAAAGAAAGGAGAGACAUGGAAUAUAGUUUACAUAAUAAUUCGGCGCUUUUAUUUAACGCUUCUUCGAUGUCGUUUUUCUUAUCAUUUUUUUGUGAACGGUUAAUUACUCUGAUAUUUUAACAUACACUUUAUCAAAAAACGUUUCCUUGCUUCGUGAUGUUUCUGAACAUUACAUACUGACCCUGAAUUGAAACAAAACCGGCUGCCGCAACAUUUCUCAACAAAUUUGACUUAUGCAAAUUUGUGACAUUUUUCCACUGGUGGUCACGAAACUUUUUAUUUUGUAAAGGCGAAUCCGGAGUACCCAGAUUUUUUAUUUCAUAUUCUGUUAAUAUAAGAGCUGAACUUUGUCCUAGUACACAUUUUGGCUUGGUAUCACACAUACCAAGGUGAGUUUUUUACCUCUGAAGUUGCUCAUUUUUCAGCCAUUUUAAAAAGUGCCAUUGAUGGUAGUUUUUAAAAAACCAUAAAAAAUUCAAAAUCAUGUUUAUGGUUUAAAAUAUACCAUGGAUAAAAAUAGCAGAUAGAAUUCUUUUGAACAAACAUAUUUCUGUUUUAUAGCUUUGAAUCUUGCCUCGGUGCGGACGCGAUAAAGUAGAUCAUUUUUACUCUAAUUUUUGCAUAAUUAAUUAGGUAAAUACCGCUAUUUUCGUUUUUCCUCAAUUUCUCGAAAACUAUAAAUUCCUGAAAGUUGAAAAUAUUUUUUUCGAAGAUAGUUCCCCAAAGGGGUUUUCUGAUAAAUUAUCAGAAUUUUCGAUAUUUUUAGCCUGGCCAUGGCCAGCGAUUCUCGAUAUUUGCAGUCAUGGGCUCUUAUGUGUUUGUGGCGGUCUAUUCUCGGAAGGUGAUCAUUUAAUUAUUGUUGAAGUAAAUUUAGAUAUAAAUCUGACCAUUGCCGACUCUUUCGUACCAUAUAUGGUCAUAAAAUUGGCACCGGAGUUAAAGCCUUAUUAUCGUCUUGGAAAAAGAGCUCCCAUUUUUAAUCAAUUGUGAUUGAUAUGGGUGGUUACUUUUCAAUUAUAGAUCUUUCUUGGAAACAACAAUAGCCACUUGGCACAUAGUUUGUGGUAUUUUGUAAUUUCUCUCCCCGGCACUAAGACGUUCUAACCAGCUUUAAACUAAAGUUUUAGGAUCACCUGCCGUCAUGUCACUAAUCGCGACGAGUUCUAGGUGCUUCAACGCGCUGGAAACAGCCUUGGAGGCAGUGAAAACCGGUAACGCUGACAGCUUAGCGGCUGUGAUUAAAUCCAUAAGAAAAGACUGAUUGUUGUUACAAAAACAGGCCUCAAUCCUCUGUGAUGAGCGCAAACAGGCCGAGAAGAAGCAGCAAGAAUUAGGCGAGGAUCUCACUAGGCAGUUAAACAAGUUACACGCCGAAGAGGUGGAGCUUAAAAAUAGGAGGCAAGCAUUGGAAGUGAAGAAAUCAGCGCUGAACAAGGAGAGAGAACGUUGCUGCCGAAACAAACAAGAUGCGUCCAGGAGAUAUGAAGAGGCAGAGGGAGAAAAGAGGAAAGCAGAACAGAAAUGCGAGGAAUCGAAGAAUUGGUGGUGGAUACCUGUUUACGGUACGUUUCUGUUCCUUCGAUAACUUGUUGAAAACAAUGAGGUAAAGGUUCGUGAUGAACGCAGAGAAAUGGAGCGUUAUGACGGAGAAUUGAGCAGAGCCGACAGGAACAUCCGGUCGGCAAACACCGCUAUUUUGCAGGUAGGUGUCUUAUUUCUUUUACGUGUUCUUUUACUGUCAUAGGCAACAAAGCAUGCAGAGCGAAACUCUUAGGUAUUAACCUACGAAACGUUUUGGUUUGGAAGGUUUUACGUUAAGCGAAAAAUAAUCGGGCACUUUAAGGGCGGAAUGUUUCACUUUUCGACACUUCGGCCUCCCAAUCACCUUCGCGUCAAUUUAACAUUAUUUCAGUAUAUGAUGUUUCCAUCAAGAUGAGCAUGCUGUUUCAUCACCUCUUUGUACUGCUGUUCUGUUCAGUGAUAUCGCUCAUUUUACAGGUCAAUUUUUCAUCUUUUUCUGCAGGCAGAGAAGGACCAAAAUGACAUUUCAAAGAAAGUGGCAGACCUAAAUAGACGACGAUGAAGCAUGUCACGAGGAGCUUGGUAAAAUCAAGACCUUGAUUCCAUUCAUCAUGCAAGCUACUACAUUCUGGAAGGAAGUGAUCAUGCUCGCCAACGCAGCAACAGUCAAAACCGAACAGGUUCAAAAGAUUGUGGAUCGGGCUGCCAAGAAAAAUAGUGUCAAGAUUCUCAGUAGCAGAGGUACAGAGACUAAGAUGAGGUCAUUCAAAGAAUCCUGGAUGGAAGUAGCUGAUGUGUUUACUUCUGAAGGAAACGGCGAGAUGCACAGAUCGAAACUUGCAUUUGUGUAGACAUAAAGUACAAUUAGGUAAGCAAUACUUUUGUAAAACGAUUCAGGAGUGUUCCAUGUUGUUGUAUCGUUGUUGUUUUUAUUGUGAUAAAACGCAUUUUCCAGUUCCUGUGCAAAGGUUGUUGAGAUCAUUUAUCGUUCAAUUUACUGCUUUUGCAAUAUACAUUGAAUCUAUCUUGCGGUACCAUGCCCCAAACCCUCCCCUCUUUUAGCCUUUUCUUUGGCCGUCUAAUUUCAAUGAAAACCAGUGGUAUAGUGCCUAUAAAUACAUACGUUCGCAAUACAUGUUACCAUGCAGUAUGUGUGAAACCGUGGUAAUUUUAUACUAAGAAGAAUUGCUUUCUUCAUGUACCACUAAACGAAAUUAUUAAAUGCUCAUUUUAUUUUUUUUCAACAGAAAAAUUCUUCGUUAAGUGAAUGUUUCUGCAAUUUUGCCGUUCACGUACUCUGGACUUAAUGAUAUAGAUGGAUACGGUUCUUGAAGUACCUUUGCAAUGGACAAUCAUGUGUAGUGUAUACCUUGUAGUCCUAAGAGACUAAUCUCUGAGUUGCAACUCUUUGCUUUAUUGGAUUCUCUUCAGAAUAACCGUACCUAUUGAAUGUUUUAGGAGUGUUGUUAUUUAGUUUUGUAUUAAUUAUUUGUUAUCCAAUGAAAAUUUCAUGUAUUGUUGUGAUUUAUCUUAUUGUUCACUUUAUUCCUGCACUAGCUAAUGCUUCAUACCAACUCUGUUGUUGCGAGAAGAAUGUAGUGAAAAGGUUUAAGACACAGAUUCAGGCUCUUGUAGCUUUAGCAUUUGGCAAAAUUCAGCUUUACUUUGGAUACAAGUGAUACAAAAACUGUAAACUAGCAAGAGAUUUUAAGAUUGCAGAAACAGGUAUUUCCAAACAUUGAGGGCCGGUUAUUUAAACGGAGUUUAACCAGUGUUUAACAAAACCGUGUUCUAAGUCAUUUUCAGGUUGCCCAACAAUUUUUUCUAAACACCAUUUGUCGCGAACAUUUUCCUUAAAUCAUAUACUUUAAACUGGAAAAACAUUUAUCUUCUUAAAUUAACCCACUGAGGAAGAGAUCUGACGCUCCAAAGAUUUCUUAAACCGCGUUCUAAGUUUGAUUUCGUUUUAAUAACCGACCCCGAAAGUUUCAGAUAUUUUUAAAGUCAGAAUUAAAUAAUAAGUUUUAAAAAAAUACAUUUCCACCAAGAAAAAUGAACUUAGAACCCUUUUAUCAAAAAUGGCGAAAAGACCGUUCUCCUCUUUAAUUUGUGUAAAUAAAAAAAGUGUACUGUAAGUUAAUAUGUAUCAUAUUUUGUGAUUCCAAUUUAUUAAAUGUUAAUUAUUUAGCUUACAUCACUCUUAAGACAAGCCACUUUUUUUCAUGAGUGGUCACCCGACGAUAUUUUGUGACCUUAGCAUGUUGCUCUUUUUUAUGAAUUUUUUUCUUUCGAUAUUUUUCGACGGACAAUUUCGCUUUUUUACCUUUUCAGAUAGCAAUACUUAUUCAGAUGCCUAAAUUUCCAUCAUUUCUUUGCGCUUUGAUCAUGGGCUAGAAAUAACUUUCGUGUGAGCUACUCCUUUGUUUACAUAGUUUCCACUUUGUUUACAUUAAUUUACGUUCUUGUAGCCCGAAGGGCUCUGGUUAAAAUUAUAUUAUUCGCAAGCGUUUUAAUUUGCAGAGCUGAAACUUCAGGUCUAGUUAAAAGAAUUACUGUUAUUUCAUUUAGUAUAAUCAUAUUUUAAAUUUGCGACAUACCAGAUCGACUUUUCGCGGUUAAACUGUUGGGCGUUAUUUCGAACGCCAAUACAGCACACAAUCGUGGUGCAAACAAUGAAAGCCAAAAACUACAUUACAAAAGUUAUUUUGCACUAGUAAAUUCGUUUGCAACAUCAAGUCAAUAGGAGCUUUUGCGCGCUUGCACUGCUUCUUUGAAAACUGUUGAAAUUUGCAUCAAUUUCGCGAAUAUAAAAUGUAUUUUUGUUUUAAUUUUCGAACUUUUCUAAAUUUCUCAAACUGUAAAGCGCUUGGGGAUUUUUUAAUAUCAUUUCUUGAAAUAGUUCACCUGUAGGUAUGUUUGGAUGGUAUUAGCCAAAAUUCGAAGGUUUAUAUAGAUCUGAUUUGAGAUUCUUCAUAUUUUCCGACAUUGGCUCCGGCAUAAACAAUUGUUUGAUUGGACAGUUAUUUCAUUAUCGGUGAAAUUAAAGACGUGAUGUUGGGACUGAAAACUCAUUCUUCCAGUUUUCGGUAUGUGGUUACGGUCAUGACAAACAAUAGAUUGGUUUUUUUCGUACAAAAUUUGUAACUUCCGAAUUAAACAAAAAACUAUAAUAGGCUUCUUUUGAAAUGGCCGAGUCUAAAGUAUAAUGUUAUAUGAAGCUGUGGUAGAUGCACAUCUGACAAUUUAUGCCCAGUGCAAUAUUUAUUUCAUAAAAAGGAAAUGAAGAAGAAGUACUAUAAUUUUUUUUUCUACGAAAUAUAGGAAGUCCCUUUUACAUCUACUUUUCUUGGAAGUUUCUCGAAAUUACUCAUGUGUAAAUAAAGUAAAGAUUCUGUUUUGGAUGCAACAGACAAUAUUAUCAUUCAUUUCUGAGCUCAGUUUCUGUUAAUAUAAACCUGAUCGUACCCGUAAUGAAGAAGGACAGUUGUUGCACGAACUAUGAAGUAAAUAAAAAAUUUAGCACCCUACGAGCUGUCUUCGGUCGCCCAUGAAUGAUAUUGUUUCAUGUGUGCUCUGAACAAAAAGAUUUGAAGAGAAACUCGUUAAAGCAGUUCACAACAGUAAAGUUCUCAAAGUCCAUCUGAAUUGAAAAUUAAUGAUCUAGGCCGCGGAGCGAUUCCGCAUUCCACAUUCCAUAUACGUUUAUGAAUAACAAUACCCAGGGCAGAAAAAUAUACUAUUCGUGGAAAACUAUUGUUUUGGCUAAAGGCUCUAUUUUCGAAACUUCAGUUCUAAAAACCUCGUCGAUUUACCGUGGUCAAUCUAUUUUAACUAACAUCAUUAUAUUAGUUUACUAAUUCACUAAUUCACUUAAUAUGCAGAAUCAGUGUGUGUGCCUAUCCUGUUUAUGUUCCAUGUUUACGCAGUCAUUUGUCUUCAAGCGACUUUUUCUCCUCUAAAGCCUUCUGCUGAUCCUCUGCCAACUUUUCAUGGGCUUGCUUUAGAUCCUCUGCAAACUUGGUAGCCAGCUGACGUACGUUCUUCUUGGCCUGCUCGAUGGUUGGGUUUUCUUGCAAGUAGUUGUGAAGAUCUUGCCUGGUAUUCCUGAUCUGUAGCAUGUACACACCACACACGUCAUCCAGAGCAACCCAUUUGGAAUAGUAUUGCACUGCUUUUUCCUUGAACCCCUCUGAUGUCCACACUUUCAGUCGCCGUUCCUCAGAAAGCUUUAUUGCCCUUUCCACACUUCGCUUCAUGUCUCCUUUGGCCAACGACUCGCAGUGACUUUGCAUUUGCUGCCAGAACAUUGCUGCUUUCAUCAUUAUGGUGGACAGAGAUUUGAGUGCGCCAAUAGAGCCAUGCAAUGCUUUUAUAGCUGCUUCUGCCAAAGCGUUAUCAUCUUUACACCUCUUGAUCUUCUCUGCAAAUUCAAUGCAUUCUUCUAUGGCCUUUUGGCGAACUUCCCGUUCUUUCUGCAGCUCGUCCAGGUGCUUCAUCUUUUCUUGAUUUGCCAUCUUCAUCGCUUCUUUGUAGCCCGAUUUAUCACCAACUUUCGCUAUCUCUUCGGCAGCUUUUUCUAAAUUUCCCGUCGCAGCUGCCUUUGCAGCACUCAUUGCUCCAGUAAAGGCGCUUGCCAGAGCGGUUAGAAGGCUGUCUUGCUUAUCCAUCGCCUUAUCUUCUCUUGCUUGGGCCUGGUCGUAUAAUGCUUGCGCUUUUGCUUCCGCUUCAAGAGCAUUCUUUUGCCUUUCCUCUGCUUGCUUCAUUCUCGAUUCAAACUCCUGUCUUUCUUUCUCUCGAGUUUUCUUUUCCUCUUCCUCGGCACCUUUUGCUCUCUGUGUGUCUUCUAAAGCGUCGGUUACAUCAUCUGUCGCCUUCUCAAACUCGAUGCGUAAUUCGUGGGCGGCCUUCGCCAUUUCUGCUGCCACUUCUGUCAACAUCGAAAGUGUUUCCAGCGCCAUCUCUUCCAAUCCGUCCAACAAAUAUUGAUACGUGCCCUUCAGCUCUUGAAGCACACUUUGCGAGGUGCUUUUAAACUGGUGCACCGUGACUGCUGAUUUGUCGGCCAGCUUUGUUAUUUUGUAACCGACUCUCUGAACUUUAAUCUGCACCUCGGUGUUUCCUGCCACACCAUUGUAAGCCACGCGAAUGAAGUUACCGAGUUUCCCCAGAUCGUCCACAAGACUUUGGAGAUCAAGCGAGCCAAGAAGCAGAGUUUUGGCCUUUUGUACCAUUUUACUUUGUGCAUCUGGUAUGGCGACAAGAUCGAAGGUUUCUUCAUUAAUGACAACCUGAGAGUUAGCCAUUUUGUUUUUUUGGAUUCUCUUUUUUACACACCUUUAAGUUAGUGUGGACACAGGUCUUCAGUAGACAAAUGCCUUCAAAUGUUCUGGGUGUGAGACAAUUUAUGUGUUUGUGGCGGUCUAUUCUCGGAAGGUGAUCAGUUAAUCAUUGUUGCAGUAAAUAUAGAUAUAAAUCUGACCAUUGCCGGCUCUUUCGUACCAUAUAUGGUCAUAAAAUUGGCGCCGGAAGUUAAAGCCUUAUUACCGUCUUGGAAAAAGAGCUCCCCUUUUUAGUCAAUUGUGAUUGAUAUGGGUGGUUACUUUCAAUUAUAGAUCUUUCUUGGAAAAAAGGAUAUCCACUUGGCACAUAGUUUGUGGUGUUUUUCAAUUUUUCUCCGCUGUAGUAAGACGUUCUAAUCAGCUUCAAACUCAAGUUUUACCAUCAUGUCACUAAUCGCAACGAGUUCUAGGUGUUUCAAGGCACUGGAAACAGCCGUGGAGGCAGUGAAAACCGGUAACGCUGACAGCUCAGCGGUUGUGAUUAGAUCCAUAAGACAAGACGGAGUGUUGUUACAAAAGCAGGCCUCAAUCCUCUGUGAUGAGCUCAAACAGGCCGAGAAGAAGCAGCAAGAAUUAGACGAGGAUCUAACUAGGCAGAUAAACAAUUUACACGCCGAAGAGAUGAAGCUUAAAAAUAAGAGGCAAGCAUUGGAAGCGAAGAAAUCAGCGCUGAACAAGGAGAGAGAACGUUGCUGCCGAAACAAACAAGAUGCGUCCAGGAGAUAUGAAGAGGCAAAGGCAGAAAAGAGGAAAGCUGAAGAGAAAUGUAAAGAAUUGAAGAACUGGUGGUGGGUGCCUGGUUACGGUACGUUUCUGGCCGUUCGAGAACUUGUUGAAAACAAUGAGGCAAAGGCUCGUGAUGAACGCAGAGAAAUGGAGCGUUAUGACGGAGAAAUGAGCAGAGCCGAAAGUAACAUCCGGUCGGCAAACACUGCUAUUUCGCAGGUAGAAGUCUGAAUUCUUUUACGUGUUCUUUUAUUGUUAUAGGCAACAAAGCAUGGAGAGCGAAACCCUUAACUAUAGCUAUGAAACAUUUUACUUUGGAAGUGUGUUUCACAUUUGUUUAGCCCAUUUUACGUUAAGCAACAAAUAAUCGGGCACUUUAAGGGCGGAAUGUUUCACUUUUCGGCACUUCGGCCUCUCAAUCACCUUCUUGUCAAUUUAACAUUAUUCCAGUAUAUGAUGUUCCCAUCAAGCUCUGUUCUGUUCAGUGAUAUCGCUCAUUUUACAGGUCAAUUUUUCAUCUUUUUCUGCAGGCAGAGAAGGACCAAAAUGAUAUUUCAAAGAAAGUUGCAGACCUAAAUAGACGACGAGAAGCAUGUCACGAGGAGCUUGGUAACAUCAAGACCUUGAUUUCAUUCAUCAUGCAAGCUGCUACAUUCUGGGAGGAAGUGAUCAUGCUCACCAACGCAGCAACAGUCAAAACCGAACAGGUUCAAAAGGUUGUGGAUCUGGCUGCCACGAAAAAUAGUGUCAAAAUUCUCAGUAGCAGAGGUACAGAGACUAAGAUGAGGUCAUUCAAAGAAUCCUGGAUGGAAGUAGCAGAGAUGUUUGCUUCUGAAGAAAACAAGCUACUAUUAAACGGUGAGCUGUACAGAUGGAAACUUGCAUUUAAGUAGGAUAAAGCACAAUUAGGUUAACGGUACUUUUCAUAGGCGUGCGGGCUAUUUUUUGCCAGGGGGGGCGGUAAACCAUUUGCCCAAAAAAUGUUUGCAAGUUGCCCAAAUUUUUACAGAACAGUCGAACAGAAACGAGAGCCGAUGCAACAAGAUAGGCCGUACUGGCAUAUGAAAAUGGCUCCAUACAGUUUUUCAUGGUCAAUACCUGCCAAGUUUGAGCAUAAACUACGUCGCCAUAAACAAACAUUUGGAAAAGUUGCCACCACAGGUGUAUUAGAUAAAGAUGAAAAUUUGUUGUGAUCAGGGUUGCAAUGACAUCGGAGUUGUUAUAGCAACGAACUGAAGCCAUUACCUAUUACACUUGCAGCAAUAUUUCUCUCUGGGAACUGUUCUUCUAAAAUCGAUCACAGGAGCUUUUUCCUCCAAUAGUCGCCUCGAUGUUCGUGACGUUAAAACGGAAUCUGUAAGAGCGUUAUCGAGAUAUUUUGGAUAAAGUUUUUAUCGUUGGAAAUACGGUAAAAAAGGAAAAUCUUGAAGUUUGGCCGUUAUCUGUAGAAAACGAUGCACUUUCACCUCAUAGUAGUUUCAAUCUUUUCAAAACGUGGGUGAUAGAUCAUGGAGAUAGCUCCGGCCAAUUGCUACAAAGAAGGAUUUGAUUAGUAUGUAUCAUGGCGUUCUUGUUAGCGGUUUUGUAAACAUUUCAGUCUACUUUAACAAAUUAUUGAAUAAUUUUUAAACCGCUCGAUAGACUUAUUAAAAAAAUCAAGAUUCUUCUCGCAAUUCAAACUGAGAAUUAGUCAGCCACUUGUUCACUUUAAGACCCAUUGUUGAUGUUAUCUGCCAUACACUGUUCUACGAGCGGAGAUAAUUCUAGAAAGUUAGGCGGAAGUUUAUUCUAAUAAAUUCACGAGUGGAAAUAGCCCACUGCAGUACAGUGCCCAACAAUAAAAUGAUACCUUUCCCUUACAACCAGAAACUCGUCACGUGCUAGGCAGACACUGUCUCGUGUCAAUGUAACUGGAUUAUUACGCCGACUUCAGGUUAAAAUAGAAAAUAUUUAUCUCUUCAAAAUAAUAAUAAAAACAUGGGGACGUCUUUAAAAACUGGCUUUGCCCAAAUUUUCUCGUGCUGCCCAAAAAAAUCUGAGUUGCCCAAAAUUUGGGGGGGCUGCAGCCCCCCUCGCCCCCCCGGCCCGUACGCCUAUGGUACUUUUGUAAAACGACUCAGGGGUGUUCCAUGAUGUUGUAUCAUUGUUGUUUUCGUUUUGAUGAAACGCAUUUUCCACUUUCUGUGCAAAGGUUGUAGAGAUCAUUUAUCGUUCAAUUUACUGCUUCCUUUCUUUGAAAUACAUAGAAUCUAUCUUGCGGUACCAUACCCCAAACCCUCCCCUCUUUUAGCCUUUUCUUUAACCCGUCUAAUUUCAAUGAAAACCAGUGAUAUAGUGCGUAAAAAUAUAUACGUUCGCAAUACAUGUUACCAUGCAGUAUGUUUGAGACCGUCGUGAUUUUAUACUGAGAAUAAUUGCGUUCUUCAUGUGUGAUACACUAAACUAAAUUACAAAUGCUCAUUUUAUUUUUUCCAACAGAAAAGUUCUUCCUUAUGUCUCAGUGAAUGUUUCUGCAAUUUUGCCAUUCACGUAUACUGGACUUAAUGAUACAGAUGGAUACGGUUCCUGCAGGACCUUUGCAAUGGCGAUUUAUGUAGUGUACACCUUGUAGUACUAAGAGCCUAAUCUAUGAGUUUCAACUCUUUGCCUUACUGGAUCUUCUUCAGAAUAACCGUAGCUAUUGAAUGUUUUAGGAGUUGUCUUAUCUGGUUUUGUAUUAGUUAUUUGCUAUCCAAUGAAAAUUCCAUGUAUUAUUUUUCAUUUUAUCCCUGCACUACCUAAUGCUUCAUACCAACUCUGUUGUUGAGAGCAGCAUGUAGUGAAAACGUUUAAGACAGAUUCAGGCUCUAGCCUUAGCAUUUGGCAAAGUUCAGCUUUAUUUUUGAUACAAGUGAUACAAAAACUGUAAACUAGCAAGGGAUUUUAAGAUUGCAUGCAGAAUCAGGUAUCUCCAACCACUGAAAUUUUCAGAUAUUUUCAAAGUUAGAAUUAAAUGAUAAGUUAAAAAAAUAAAUUUUCAUCAGGAACAAUAAACUGAAAACCCUUUUAUCAAAAAUGGCGAAAAUACCGGUCCCCUCUUUAAUUUGUGUAAAUAAAGGUAAAAGUGUACUGUAAGUUAAUAUGUAUCAUAGUGUGUGAUUCUAGUUUAUCAAAUAUUAAUUAUUUAGUUUCCAUCACUCUUAAAACAAGACACUUUCAGCAACUGAGCGGCUGUUUUUGGCAACUCUGAAAUUUCUUCCAGCAUUUGUAGUGUACGUAAUUGUGAGUAUGUAUAAUCAGUUUUUUUGUUUUUUUAUUAUUGCCACUUUUUGGUAAUUUUACUGUAAUAUUGUAAUAAUAAUAAAUGUCUUGAAAAAGUAAUUAUAAAAGAAAGAGUUUAAGAACAAUUCCGGUUUUAAGUGAUCGUUUAAUAAUGUAAUUUAUAAAAUCCGUUGUGGUUACAGAAUGAAAACGAUUAACUGGAUACAGGCAGCGCGUUUAACGGCCUGGAUUUUUGUCACGGCUUGUCAUUCUCACCUCAGAUUUUGCAGUUGCGACUAGCCAGGAAAAGAGAAGCCUUCUCUGUCAGCUAAUGGUUAACAAAAUGUCCUUGGCUUCUCCAAGUUCCUUUUAUCAGAGAAGACGAUCAUAUGCACGCUGCACUUUGCAUAAUCACUAUUCAAUUUACAAUAUGGAAAUUCUUAUCUUUUACCUUUAUAAACACUUUUUUAUUCCGGAUUUUAACACUGAAAAUUCCUGUAUGAACUGAAACUAGAAAAAACUUUAACCCACAGGACAAACCUUACUGAGACUGUCUUAAAAAAUGCUUAUUCGUAAGAAAAACGUAGCAAACAGAGUUGAGUGAUGUAGUUGAAAACUAAUCUUAUGUUUACAUUACUUCACUGAUCUAAACAAAUACAUCUGGGCAGUGGUCACAGUAUUUUGGUUUUACAAAGGAAGUUGUCUAGGAAACUUUAUUGUUCUUAUCGAUGUUAUUUUUCGAAAGCAGAUCUUGGUCGUCAGCACGAAAAAAGUUGCUUAGUUUAGUAUGUAACAUAAACAACUUAUGACUUUUUCAAGCACACUUAGAAUUAAAAGAAAUUCCAAGAUAGCUAGAAUUUUACAUCACAACAAUACUUUUCGUUCCCUCAGGGGUUACCGAGGGAGGGGUUAUGAAGGUACCGAGUUUUCCAAGGUCGUCCACAAGACUUUGGAGAUCAAGCGAACCAAGCAGAAGAUCUUUGGUUUUCAGCACCAUUUUACUUUUUGCAUCUGGAAUGGUAACAAGAUCGAAGGUUUCGUCAUUAAUGACAACCUGAGAGUCAGCCAUUUCGUGUUCUAGGAUUCUUCUUUUUACGCAGCUUUAAGUUUUGGACACACAAGGUGUUGUGCAGUUAUCUAGCAAAUGCGCUCGAAUGUGCUAAAUGUGAAUCAAUUUAUGUGUUUGUGGCGGUCUAUUCUCGGAAAAUGAUCAAUUAAUCAUUGUUGAUGGUAAGAUAGAUAUAUAUCUAACCAUUGCUGGCCAUUUCGUACCAUAUAUGGUAAAAAUUAGCACGAGAAGUUACAGCUAUAUUACUUCCUUAGAAAAAAAGCUUUCCCUUUGGAUCUAGGCAUUUAAGUGUUUUCGUUUUCCUCCAUGGAACCGUGAAAUCGGAAUUCUUUCGUGUUAUCAUUGCUUUCCACGAAAUGUGUAUCACAAAGUGGGCUUCAUGUUCUCUAAAGGCCAAUGCGCAAAGCCGGGCUGACUUGAUCUUGAAGCCACUGAUAAUAAUAAGAGGCAUAAAACGUUAAGGUUUAUUAUAAAAGACAGAGACUGUUUAUAGUUUUUAAGAUAGAUAGUAACUAAACCGGUCCGGAUAUUUCUCAGCGUGCAAAAAUGACUCUCGCAGACAGGAAGGUGAUGCAGCCCACUUUUUUCACUCCGACACCGGUCACAACGAAAUUUGUACUUUUUCAGGAAUUUUUGUUUGUUUGUUUGUUUUCGUACUGGAACGAAUUGAGAUGUUGAACAAAAACAUCUACAGUUCGUUUUUAUUUUUUUGUUUUGUUUUUGAGAGAGGCUCAAGGUCUCGUGACAUCUCACCUGAGUGCUGGUAUUUUUCGUACCAUAUUUAGUCUAUUGUGAUUGAUAUACCGUAGAAUUCCGAAAAUAAGCCCCUCCAUGUAUAAGCCCCUCCAAAUAUAAGCCCCCUAAACUCGUAACGCCAAAAACCCUCCGUUAAAUCGCCCCUCCAAAUACAAGUCCCCGGAGGCUUGUACUUGGAAACUUGCCCUCAAAUACAAAGUAAAACAAAGCAAAAACGGUAAAUUUACUUCCAACUAUAAGGCUAGCCCAAUUGAUUUUGACACGCAAAUUUCCCUUCGUAGAUAAGCCCCUCCGAAUAUAAGCCCUCCAAAAAUAAGCCCCUUAAAAAGGGCCUUUGAAAAAUAUAAGCCCCGGGGCUUAUUUUCGGAAUUUUACGGUAAGUAGUUACCUUCAAGAUCGACAUAAUAAUAAAGAUCUUGCUUGGAAAUAAGGACAGCCACUUUGCACAAAGUUUGUGGUGUUUUGUAAUUUCUCUCCUCAGUACUAAACCGUCCUAAUCAGCUUGAAAGUAAAGUUUUACCAUCAUGUCACUAAUCGCAACGAGUUCUGGGUGUUUCAACGCACUCGAAGCAGCCCUGGAGGCAGUGAAAACCUGUAACGCUGACAGCACAGAGGUUAUGAUUAAAUCCAUAAGACAAGACGGAGUGUUGUUACAAAAACAGGCGUCAAUCCUCUGUGAUGAGCUCAAACAGGACGAGAAGAAGCAGCAAGAAUUAGACGAGGAUCUAACUAAGCAGAUAAACAAGUUACACGCCGAAGAGGUUGAGCUUAAAAACAGGAGGUAAGGUUUGGAAGCGAACAAACGAGAUGCAUCUGGGCGAUACGAAAAUGCAAAGGCAGAGAAGAGGGAAGCUGAGAGAAAUUGGAGGAAGCAGAAAAAUGGGGUUGGGUGCCUGGUUACGGCACGUUUCUGGUCGUUCGAGAACUUGUUCAAAACAAUAAGGAAAAGGCUAGUGAUGCACGCAGAGAAAUGGAGCGUUAUGACGGAGAAAUGAGCAGAGCCGAAAGUAACAUCCGGUCGGCAAACACCGCUAUUUCGCAGGUAGGUGUCAUAUUUCUUUUACGUGUUCUUUUAUUGUCAAAGGCAACAAAGCAUGCAGAAAGAAACUCAACUAUAGCUACGAAACGUUUUGCUAUAGAAGUGUGUUUCUCAAUUGUUUUACGUUAUAAGGGCUUCAGUGUUUCUUUUUUCCGAAAAUUUUAGAUGCAAUUGCACGUUUUACGAAAUUGAGAAUUUUUCUUAUUCCUCUUUCGAUCACAUUUUUGAAUCCGAAAAUUUAAGGUUUCCUUUUUCUACGAAAAUUAGCCAAACAUAAGGAGUAAAAUAUGAAAAAUUAAACUUUAGAAAAUCGUAAGGAAUUUUUUAGAUAAGCUCGAAAAUUUACCUGAAUGGAACGGCAUCUAGAAAUUAUUAGUCGUGUUCAAGCAAUAGAAAAUUCUAGGCAACAUCAGCUUUUCCGAACAGAUAUUCAGUCGCAGAAAACAGUCCUUGGGUGCCCCUGAAGAGCUAGCCUCCCACGCAGGCGUUUUUAGGGGAGCUCGUCUUUCAUCUCUCCCCACAAGGAGGAGGGAUGAAAAACGAGCUCCCUAAAAACACCUGCGUCGGAGGCUACUGAAGAGCGGGAUGUUUCACUUUUCGACUCUUCAGCCUCCUUCGAACUCACCUUCGGGUCAAUUUACAUUAUUCCAGCGUAUGAUUUCCAUCAAGAUUAGCAUGCUUUUUAUCAUCCCGUAGUACUGCUGUUUUGUUCAGUGAUGUCGGUCAUUUUACAGGCCUGAUUCAGUUUUCAUCGUUCUCUGCAGACAGAGGAGGACCAAAAUGACAUUUCAAAGAAAGUGGCAGACCUAAAUAGACAACGAGAAGCAUGUCACGAGGAGCUUGGUAAAAUCAAGACCUUGAUUUCAUUUAUUAUGCAAGCUACUACAUUCUGGGAGGAAGUGAUCAUGCUCGCCAGCGCAGCAACAGUCAAAACCGAACAGGUUCAAAAGAUUGUGGAUCUGGCUGCCAAGAAAAAUAGUGUCAAGAUUCUCAGUAGCAGAGGUACAGAGACUAAGAUGAGGUCAUUUAAAGAAUCCUGGAUGGAAGUAGCAGAGAUGUUUGCUUCUCAAGGAAAUAAGCUGCUAGUAAACGGUGAGCUGCACAGAUCGAAACUUGCAUUUAAGUAGGGUAAAGCACAAUUAGGUUAACAGUACUCAGGAGUGUUCCAUGUUGUUGUAUCAUUGUUGUUUUCAUUUUGAUAAAACGCAUUUUCCACUUCCGUGCGUAGUUUGUUGAGAUCAUUUAUCGUUCAAUUUACUGCUUUUGCAAUAUACAUUGAAUCUAUCUUGCGGUACCAUGCCCCAAACCCUCCCCUCUUUUAGCUUUUUCUUUGGCCGUCUAAUUUCAAUGAAAACCAGUGAUAUAGUGCCUAAAAAUAUAUGCGUUCGCAAUACAUGUUACCAUGCAGUAUGAGUGAAACCGUAGUGAUUUUUUUACUGAGAAUAAUUGCGUUCUUCAUGUGUGAUACACUAAGCUAAAUUAUAAAUGCUCAUUUUAUUUUUUCCAACAGGAAAGUUCUUCCUAAUGUCUCAGUGAAUGUUUCUUCAAUUUUGCCAUUCACGUAUACUGGUGAUAUAGAUGGAUAUAGAUGGAUACGGUUCCUGCAGUACCUUUGCAAUGGCAAUUCAUGUAUAGAGUACAUGCACCUUCUGGUACUAAGAGCUUAAUCUCUGAGUUGCACCUCUUUAUCUGAUUGUCUUCAGAAUAACCGCAGCUAUUGAAUAUUUUAGGAGCUUUCUUAUCUGGUUUUGUAUUAUUUAUUUGUUAUCCAAUGAAAAUUCCAUGUAUCGUUGUGAUAUAUCAUAUUGUUCAUUUUAUCCCUGCACUAGCUGUUGCUUCAUACCAACUCUGUUGUUGCGAGAAGCAUGUAGUGAAAAGGUUUAAGAGACAGAUUCAGGCUCUUGUAGCCUUAGCAUUUGGCAAAAUUCUGCUUUAUUUUUGAUACAAGUGAUACAAAAACUGUAAACUAGCAAGGGAUUUUAAGAUUGCAUGCAGAAUCAGGUAUCUCCUACCAUAGAAAUUUUCAGUUAUUUUCAAAUUAGAAUUAAAUGAUAAGUUAAAAAAAUACAUUUUCAUCAAGAACAAUAAACUGAAAACCCUUUUAUCAAAAAUGGCGAAAACACCGGUCGCCUCUUUAAUUUGUGUAAAUAAAGGUAAAAGUGUACUGUAAGUUAAUAUGUAUCAUAGUGUGUGAUUCUAAUUUAUCAAAUGUUAAUUAUUUAGUUUCCAUCACUCUUAAAACAAGCCACUUUCAACAAUUGAGCGGCUGUUUUUGGCAACUCUGAAAUUUCUUCCAGCAUAUGUAGUGUACGUAAUUGUUAGUAUGUAUAAUCGGUUUUUUUGUUUUUUUAUUUUUGUCACUUUUUUGUAAUUUUACUGUAAUACUGUAAUAAUAAUAAAUGUCUUGAAAAAGUAAUUAUAAAAGAAAGAGUUUAAGAACGAGUCCGGUGUCAAGUGAUCGUUUAAUAAUGCAAUUUAUAAAAUCCGUUGCAGUUACAGAAUGAAAACGAUUAACUGGAUACAGGCAGCGCGUGCAACGACCUGGGUUUUUGUCACGGCUUGUCCUUCUCACCUCAGAUUUUGCAGUUGCGACUAGCCAGGAAAAGAGAAGCCUUCUCUGUCAGCUAAUGGUUAACAAAAUAUCCUUGGUUUCUCCAAGUUCCUUUUAUCAGAGAAGACGAUCAUAUGCACCCUGCACUUUGCAUAAUCACUAUUCAAUUUACAAUAUGGAAAUUCUUAUCUUUUACAUUUAUAAACACUUUUUUAUUCCGGAUUUUAACACUGAAAAUUCCUGUAUGAACUGAAACCAAAAAAAACUUUAACCCACGGGACAAACCUUACUGAGACUGCCUUAAAAAUGCUUAUUCGUAAGAAAAACGUAGCAAACAGAGUUCAGUGAUGGUAGUUGAAAACUAAUCUUCUGUUUACAUUACUUCACUGAUCUAGACAAAUACAUCUGGGUAGUGGUCACAAUAUUUUGGUUUUACAAAGGAAGUUGUCUCGGAAACUUUAUUGUUCUUAUCGAUGUUAUUUUUUGAUCUUGGUCGUCAGCACGAAAAAAGUUGUUUAGUUUAGUAUGUAACAUAAACAACUUAUGACUUUUUCAAGCACACUAAGACCCUGUUUACAUGGAGUGGGGGACCCCGGUUUAGUGGGGUAGGUUUCUUUUGUUUUGUGUCCCCCAGAGCGUGAAAACAAAAGAAACCAACCCCACUAGACCGGGGUCCCCCACUCCAUGUAAACAGGCCCUUAGAAUUAAAAGAAAUUCCAAGAUAGCUAGAAUUUUACAUCACAACAAUACUUUUCGUUCCCUCAGGGGUUGCUGUAAGUGCUUACGGGUUUUCAUAAUCCAGCUAAAAACUAUUAAUUAAAAUAAAACUGACUUGCUGCUUGAGAGGUGACGCAGGUACUGGUGGUCCACAAAAGGGCGCUCCUGCACCUAUUUGAAAGACUGUUUUUGAUUAGCUGGGAAAACAGUAGGGAUUGUCACAUAACAAUGCCUCUAUCCCUGAAAACAAUGGAAGUGCAGAUUAAAGGGGACCAGUGAAAUAAGAGGUUUAGAACGGUGCAGGUCUACUACCACAAAAAGGACAGAGAAAAUAUUUUAAAUGGAUAUAACAAGUGACAAUACAAUAUGUUCCGAGUGUAACCAGAUAGAAAGGAGCGGAACAUCUUGCACUUUCCACAUUGGCUUCCCGGCGCUCGCUAAUUUUUCCUUGGCCUCCCCCCUUUUGCCCUUUUGACUGCGAAAUACUAUAGAGUGUUGUUGUUUCUCCCACUUUCCGCCCUUUUUGAGAACUUCUACCUCCCGCUCUUUCUUUCCUCUCCUCCCCGCUCGUUCCCUUCCCUCCCCCUAUUCUCUCGGGCUCCCAAUUUCCUGUCCUCCCCCAUUUAAGAACAUGGCUGACAGGUUGAAAUGGGAAAUACCGAUAAUAACCCUAGCUAGUAGCCUCCCACGCAGACGUUCUUAAGUCUUCGUCACGCGUUCCUUCCUCAAGUUCGUUGGGGAGGAUUGCGUGACGAGUCAACAAAACAUCUGUGUGGGCGGUUACCCAGCGAAAGGUCAGAGAGGGAUUCGAACCCGGGCGACCAAAUUAAAAUCCAGAGUUCCAAACCCACUGAGUCAUGUUGCCUCUCUCCCUCUUUGGAAACUACCAUUCGAGAGUCUACAAAUCUAGUAUUACAUAUUAAAAAACCGUUUUAGUUAUGAAUAUUAAGCAAUAUGUAAUUUAGAGUUAAAGAUAUCCUACAAUUCCUUUAUUCAGAAUAACUUCUCACUCACUCAGUUUUGCGAGCGCUUAUGGAACAAGUUGAUUUCUUCGGUGCUUGGCAAGUAACUUUAAAAAGUAAUGGUCCUGAUAAGAAGGAAAGAACCAAACGCAAUGAAAACGUCGGAAUGCAAAAAAGUGCUAACUUUACUAUUGUCUCUACUACACUUAUGAUUGGUUUGAACAUAUAUAAAUCCCUUGUUUUCUGACCAACUUCGUUACAACAAAAUCUCUUCUGAAUCUAAGUGACACAGAAAUCCUAUGUAAGGAACAUGUAAAAUUGUAAACUUUGUUGGAUAUUGUUUUCAACUCUUAUGAUUGGUUGAAAUCUUUUAACACGAAAAAACACCCUUUGUGUAAAAAUGAAAACAUUCCUAUGUGACGGGAAAGCGUAUUGCGCCAUAACAAAAAAAAAAAAGCUAUCCACUCGAUAAAUCUCUAUCCAUAUAAAUCCUUGGUUUUCCUAAUACUUUAACAUCUGCGGGAUAGUAGUAAUAAUAAUAAUAAUAAUAAUAAUAAUAAUAGUAAUAAUACUUUAUUUAGCGCCAUUUCUAGUGACGCCCGGCAACAGCGCUUCACAAUAAAUGGUUAACGUAUUACAAACACUGUUCAUAAGAGUGUUACAUUGUGAAAUUACAUUACAUUGAAACGAAUCAAAACGAAAUAAAGUAUAACAAAACUAAAACUAACUGAUUAUCCUUCAUGUUAGCAACGGAAAAUUUUUUAUGUCUUUGAAGCACAAUAGUUCGGAAGGCUUCAUCGGCGUACGAUAAUUCUUUUUAGCUUUAAAAAGGGACCAAAUAUAACUCUGUACGUUGAAACCCAAAACCAUAUAAACUCUUUAAAAUAUUUUUCUGUUAAACUGUAAAAUUCGUCAUGCAUCAACUACUUGGAAGGAACUAGUUCGAAAAUCACUAUGUUUGCCCAUUUUCAGGAGGAUCACAGAAAUCGUGAAAAAAGUAAGAGUUUAUAUGAUUUUUGGGGACGCUGUCACAAAAUUACAGACGUUUGUAUGGAUCUUUAACAAUGUUUCACGACUCUUAACUUGAUCCCUGUUCAACCUUAGAUAACUUAGUCAAAUAAUCAAAAUCAACAUGACCUUUUAUAUGGUGCUGUCAGUUUAUCGAUUGGUUUAAAUUUGAAACUCGCCCGAGUUCCCUACGCAACUCCGAAAUUGCCAAUCACUAGCUGUACUAUUAUUUCUAAAUUCGAAUAAAGUUGAUGAGGGCUGGAUAAGCAUUUCUAUGAAAACUAGACAAACUAUAGCCUGCGCCACAGACGGAACUAAACUUCUGGUUGAGCGUGUCUGCGAAAGGAUGUUGUGGCUCAAUUUUAUCCUUGCUUUCAUUUUUAUUUUUUAUAGUCUUUGGGUAUGGUAAUGUAUGAUAAAGAGUUUGAAACAAAAGAAAAUAAAUUUUAAACCAAGAAUAAAAUUGAACCACAACAUAAAUGUCGUAUUUAGUUGUAACGAUUCCAUUUUUGAAUCUUUUCUAGGGCCUUGGUGCUUAUAGUAUCAGCAAGACAGCUCUGCUGGGUUUGACGAAGGUCUUAGCAAUUGAAUGUGCUCAGAUGGGUGUGAGAGUUAACUGUGUUGCUCCUGGGAUUAUAAAAACAAGAUUUAGUGAAGCGGUCAGUGGAAAUUUUAAUUAUUUUGUUAAUGUACUGCCAAAUAAGAUUAUCAUUCGAGUUAUUCGAAAUUGGAUUGGAAAGUUUAGGGAUCAUCAUGAUUACAUUUUCGUCUCUAGAACCACUCGACCAAAAGAAACGACAGGCUGUAGUGGGAGUUUGGGAUCAUUACGUCAGCUGCAGUUACCUGGCUAUGAACAAUGGUCUGCUCAUGCGCAGACGAUGCGUUGCUUGUGCGCAGUGUGGUCCCUGUCUUCGUUGGAUUGCCCUUAAAGAAAACAUACAUUGUACUCAUCUUAUGUCUUGGCUAAGAUUUUGAAAAUCAGUGAAACCAACAGAUUGAGAUUAGUUAGUUAUCUGCUAGCAGAUUAGUGACUAAUCUGAAGGUUGCGCGUACAAUGCUUGAUUUCCAAUGUCAAACUGUGUUCCAUGCGAUACUGUGUUGGUCGUUAUUUUCUUCAAAACAAUGUGUAAUAAAACAGUUAUUAGACUCAGUUUUUGUGAUAUCUGAAAUAAUCAAGGCCCGUGGUAAGAGUGUUAUCAGCCUCGGCCUUCGGCUUGCCUGGUAACGCUUACCCAGACCUUUAUUAGUGCGGAUAUCACAAAAACUUCAUCAAUAAUUGUUUAUUAAAUUUUUUAAUUGUGGAAUUAUAAACACAAUGAUAACAUGUACAACUCCAGUUUGUGUUCUUUCGUUAUAAUGUAAUAGCUAAUUCAGGAUAUUUCUAAUUCAUUUCAGAUUUGGAAAAAUGAAGCAUUAAUGAAAAAUACGCUUAAUCAAAUUCCCAUUUCAAGGUAAGCGAUCGGUGACAAAGCAAACUUUAGUUCGUUUGUUUUUUAUAUUUCCCGGCUUAGAUUACGUUAAGCAAUGACUAGACUUUCUAAUGUCGUAAGAUAAGGACGAAGAACUAUCUUAAAACGGUCUAAAAGUACUUGCACUGAAUCUGUCCCGGUGUAACCUGUUUGAGGCUCCAAUAAUGAAGUGGUCGUUAAAACUCUGUGCGCAGUUCCCGCGCUUGAAAGUAUUAGAAAACGUGUUUGGGGGAAAAAUUUGCACGUUCGCAGUGAACGACUGAUCAAAUUUGUGAGCCAGAUGUUUGCAUAAUUUCUAGCCGCCAUAUUUGUGCUCCUCAGAGGAGCACAAAUAUGGCGUCCCCAUAGUGAGCCCUAUAAAUUUCUGUUACACAUUUUGAAGAACAACUCAGCAGCGGCAAACUGCACAGACGUGAGACUUGGCCAGGUUGUUGACUUAUCGAUAUUCUAUAAUUUCUGAAAUCCUUGGCUUCAGACAUUCCACGGUUUUGAUUUUAGUUUUCGAUGUCGUGACAGUGCAAACCACCAAUACUGUUUCGUUUCGGAUUUGCGUUUUUAAACUUCUUUCCCGGUAACAUAAUCUUGCAUCACGUUUUUUUAGAGUCCAACGCUAGCGUUUUCGUAGGAAUUUCCUGACCUUAUCCUUACACAUUUGCCGCUUUUCAAAGAAAAAAGGACAAAUGCCCGUGAAGAGGGACGGGCACGCUUUGAUUUGACAUAGUCAUCACUUCCUAUGUUUAUCAGUGUUGCAUUUUUUUUAACUGAUGGUUUGUUUGCAUAGGUGCAGGCUUGUGAGUGUUACUUUUUGGCUAAGCGCAGAAGAAAGACCGCUGCCUCCUUAAAUCUUGUUUGUUUUCAGGUUGGGUGUAGCGGAUGAUAUCGGUGGAGCAGUUUCUUUUCUUUCGUCUGAUCAGGCGUCUUACAUCACAGGAGAAACUUUAGUGAUAGCUGGUGGUCUACAAUCAAGACUUUGA